AUGGAGCGAGAAGAGAGGUUUGACAGAGAGAGGGAGGGAUGGAGCGAGAAGAGAGGUUUGACAGAGAGAGGGGGGAGGGAUCGAGGGAGCGGAGAGGAGGUUUGGCAGAGAGAGGGAGGGAUGGAGCGAGAAGAGAGGUUUGACAGAGAGAGUGGGGAGGGAUCGAGGGAGCGGAGAGGAGGUUUGACAGAGAGAGAGGGGGAUGAUGGAGAGGGGUGAAGAGAAACAGCCUUGUCACUUGUCAGGAGGCUAAACUGUUCCAUCAGGCUGCAGUGAAGACGGGGGAGAGGAGAGAGAGAACAGGAGCAGUGGGAAGCGAGAGAGAGGGGGGAGAGAGGGGAGUGCAUAUCUUUAUGUUUGUGAUGCUACAUUACCUCACUACUCAGAAUCACGCUGGCACCCCCUGGAGAGAUAGAGAGAAAGAGAAAGAACGAGAGGGAGGGAGGGAGGGAGAGAAGAAGCGCCGAAAGACAGACAGUGGAGGAGAAAAUCUAGCCUAGUGUUUGCCCCCCGUGUGAUAGUAGAGUAGAUGUUUGCUGUGGCCCAUUGGAUACAUGAUUGUCUAUGGAUAGGAACAGUAUACAGGAUAGUGGUUACUGUGUAUAGAGCUGUUCAGUGUAGUUAGGCUCUGGACUGGGCUGAUGCUGCUAAAAGCCCAGAGUCACAACAAUGACAUAGGCCUCAUACCUGACCAUGACUGGAGUUAUAAGCUGUAAUAAGAUGUUAUCAGAUAUUAUAAGACAACUGUGGAACUGUCCUCACAAUGACUUGUUUUCACAAUCCCGAAAUUCAUCUACGUCCCUUAUGGGCCUGAUUGUAAUUCUACUUCCGCUGUGUGUCUGUGUGCCAUUAAUAUUCCUAGCACUGCUCAGUGUUUAAUGUGCUUGUGAUGAGAACAGUGGCAGGUCCUAUCAGCCUGAAAACACAGUAAUGUGUUGACAUACAGCAGGUAACUCCAAAAAUAACUGUUUGUUACCCUAGUGAGGAGAAAAGUUUCAGAAACGGGCCUCGCAUCCCAAAGCUAUUUGAAGGAAGGGAACUGUUGUUAAUGAAAAACUAUUCAUAUGAUUGUGUCUUAAUUACGUCUGGAUGGUGUAGCGUCGCUGACUUAAUUUCCUGGUGUCAGAGUUGAAUAAUGAUAAUUACUGCGGGAGUGGUCUGAGAUGACGGAGGAGGCGUGACAGGAAUACAGAUCACACUGCAGCUAACUACAGCCCCUUAGGAAACCACACAGAGAACAACAAGCUUUGUAACAGGAAAUAUGGAAUAGGAUCUCAACUGCUUUUUCACACCAUGGACAGAAUGCUAUUAAGCCUUUCCUUGAAGAACUGGUGGUUCAUUAUGUUGAUGGAAUAGAAUCCUCUUUAGAGUCCUGUGUUCAUUGACUUACUGUAGAGGGUCACAUUCCUAAAUGACCUCAUUGUGUUAGUCAGGGAUCAAUCAGAAUUCUGGCAGAUUUCACAGGCAAAUGGGACUUUCCUAAUCAAAACCAUUGAUUUUAAAGAUGACAGUAUGCCUGUGGCUGGGGCUGUUGGGAGUGUGUAAUUAGGUGGGAGGGUUAGGGGUUAAAGGUCAUCACUGACACACCCCAUAAGAAAUUUGACAGAAAGCAGGAUAACAUGUGAUGUCAUGGCAACUGAGUGGCUGGUCAGCUGGGUCUCGUUUUGGAGGUGUGUGUGAAUGAGAGUGUGAGAGAGUUUCAAGUUUCAAGUUUUUGUCAGGAGGUGAUGUGUACGCGGCGAGUGAAGUCAGACGCAGGACACAGAGAAUCAGGUUGACUACUUUACUGAGCGUUACGCACAAAACAAACGUCUCCAACACUGGAGGGAAAAACACCAUAUGCGUAAUCCGAAGUAGUAGCUAGGCCGAACAUCAACAAGACAAUGAACAAUAACACACAAAGCCCAAACGUAAAACAAGGGAACUUAUAUGCUACACAAUCAACACUAAUAUGCAACAGGUGUACUAACUAGACAACACAAGACAAACACCGAAAACAUCGAUCGGCAGUAGCUAGUACUCCGGGGACGACGAACGCCGAAGCCUGCCCGAGCAAGGAGGAGGAGCAGCCUCGGCAGAAUCCGUGACAGUUUUAAUGUCACAUGCACAAGUACAAUGAAAUGCUUUUCUUGCAAAACUCAAAACCCAACAACGCAAUAAUCAAUAACAAUAACAAUGUAUUACUAGAAAAAAACACACAUUAAAUAAGAAUAGGAAAUAUGAAAUACACAAUAAAGUAAGUAAGUAAGCAUACUAUAUACAGGAAAUAUUUAAAGUCAGUUUCAAUACCAUAUUUACAUGUGCAGGGAUACUGGAGUGAUGGAGGUAGAUAUGUAUAGGGGUAAGGGGACUAGGCAACAGGAUAUAAGAUAAGGGAGUUUUUCCUAGCCACCGUGCUUCUACAUCUGCAUUGCUUUCUGUUUGGGGUUUUAGGCUGGGUCUGUAUAGCACUUUGUGACAUCUGCUGAUGUAAAAAGGGCUUUAUAAAUACAUUUAAUUUGAUUUAUAAAUACAUUUGAUUUUAUGAACAGAGUAGCAGCAGCUUGUAUGUGAGUGGGUGUGUGGGUGUGUAGAGUCAGUAUAAAUGUCUGCGCAUAUUAUGUGUGAGUGAGAAAAUGAUGGAGUGAGUGUUUGUGUGUGUGUUGGAGUGACAGUGUGUGUGUGAGUGUGUAGGGCACUGUGAGUGUGCAUAGCGACAGCGCAAAGAUUGAUAUAAAAGGUUAAUAAAGAUACAAGGUUAACUCAGAUAGUCCGUGUAGAUAUUUUGUUAGCUAUUUAUCAGUCGUAUUGCUUGGGGAUAGAAGCUGUUCAAGAGCCUGUUGGUGUCAGACUUGAUGCAGCGGUACCUCUUGCCGUGCGGCAGCAGAGAAAAUAGUGUCUUGGGUGGUUGGAGACUUUGACGAUUUUUCCGGGCCUUCUUUUCACACCGCCUGAUAUAGAGGUCCUGGAUGGUGAUGGAGAUUUUUUAGUGGACUAUGCGAUAAAACUGGGUUAAUCACGAACAUAGAGUUAGAAUUCUUUGUUGCUAGGCAAAUAACUUAAUUGGGUCAUUUCACUGUGUGUGUGUGGGUGAAGUGGGAAUCUGACCUAGGGUCGAAAGGCUCGCUCUUACUUAAAUCCAUGGCUGUCCUACUUUAUCAGAGACUGAAACCAGACUGUGGCCUUUUGCCUCUCUCCUCAAACAAAGUGGAAAUAGCGGCCAGGGUUGGACAGAGUUCAGACUAAACCUUUGUCUCUCCUGGGCUAUUUUCUUGAUUGAUUACAGCAAGAUGGGGUGGGGUUUGUGUAUAUUUGAAAGAUUUAAGUAUGGACCUGUCAUAUUCAACAAUCAGUCUUCAGGUCAAGCCCGGGAGAGCCGGGGUUGAACAGAGUUUAAACUAAACAUGAGUGUUUUUGCAAGAUAAGGGAUUGAUUGAUUGUAUUACUAUUGAUUCUGAACUGAAUGAAAGUCUAAUUUAGUUGCCAUCAUAGACAAAGGAAGUGGGCGGAGCGAUAAAGAGCGGGAAACUGAAGAGGGAGGGAUUUUAGUGUGUGAAGGAGACUAUAUAGCUAGGGAAGAGAGAGCGAGAGGGGGCCUAAUCUGAAGAUUAGCCUGGCUUUGUUGAAAUUGUAAUAAAGUCAUUCUUGAUUCUACAAAAACUCUGGAAGAACUUUGAUUUUUGAUAAAGUAUAGUGAUUUUUUUCCACAACAAUGGCAGGGAACUUGGCCUCAGUGAUGUACUGGGCUGUCCACACAACCCUCUGUAGAGAGAGAGAGAGGGGGGGAGAGAGAGAGAGGGGGAGGGGGAGAGAGAGAGAGGGGGAAGGGGGGAGGGGGAGCUAUAAAGACUGAAACGCUUAAUGUACUGCUGUGUACAUGUGUGCGUGGUUGUCUCUGUGUGGGCGGAAAUAGGACAUCAGUAACAAUGUAUUUCUGAUUGUGUUGUUCUAAUGCUAUCUUAAGCUGCAAUGGUUUGAUUGAAAAACAUUGAUUUAAGCUGCUUUACUGAACUGCUCUCUUUUUCUUCCCCAGGGUUUAGCAGAGGGUAGAUGGGAUCCUGUCUCUAACUGGGAGAGUCCUCCGUCCCUCCAUCCAACUAUCCUUCUCCUCAUCCCUCCGUCCUGUCCUGGUCUGGUCUGGUCUGGUCUGGUGUGCAGCCUGAGGGAGCUGUGGUUCUGAUGAGAACUCUCAGAGGUAGAGCCAGAGAGAGGAGCACACAGGGCCUGCUAUGGCCAGCGGUACGUACUGUAACACUGACUACUACACCUUCACUAAUAUGUAAACUACAUCUCUGGUCUCUUCUCCUUCCUCCUCCUAACCCUCCUGUUUCUCCUGUCCCCUGCAGCAGCAGAUGGUGUAGGGAGCCUGAGGAGCCUGGGGGUGGAGCAGCACCUCAGUGUCCAUGACCACGUGGUGAACGACCACGGAGCCUGGGCCACCGCCAUGAACAACCUGGGCAUCGUACCCAUGGGCCUCAGCGGGCAGCAGCUGGUCUCAGGUAGGGCAUUAGGCCUCCUUCUCACCCCUUCUCAUCAUCCUCACCCUCCUCCCUUAUCCCCCUUUCCUCUGCUAACAAACUCUUCAUUCUAAUUUCUCAAUAUUGUCGAGGCCAUAAGAAUGGAAAGAGUCCCCAUGGACUAUGUUUUGAAACGUUUGAGAAGAUCGUAAAGGCAUCAGGUGAACUGGGCACUUCCAUCAAGAGCCCCUAUGGUGGCAUCCUACUACUCUAUCACCUCCACAACUCCACCUACUCAGGGCAGGCCAGUCAAUGAUUACCCUAAAACUAGAUAGAUACUUUAGCCUAUACCCCUGUGGCAGGGAAUCCAGAAUGCAGCAUGCUCUGCCAAAACCAGCGCUGCCAAUCCCUUUACUGGGCAGCAGAAGUGUUAUUCUAUGUAAAACUGUGUUCUAGUAUAGUUUGAGGAGGUUAGUGUGCUGAGACAGAAUUCUGGUGCAUACAAUCCCCUUUGUUUUCUUAUAAUACAAUAUUCACCUUUAUACAGGUUAGACCUAAGGACUUAAGAUAGGACCUUAAGAUUGUGUGUAUAUCACAAGUCAACUCCCACAGCCUCUACCAUUUGUCUUUUGACAAUCAGCACCAAUAAUCACAACAAUUCAGAUUCAGUUGACAAUUCCUUAGUCAAUAGCCCAAUGUCAUGGUUCUAAUUGUUGUGUCCCCAUCAGCAGCUAGAUACGACAUUAUUAAGUAGACGUUGUUCCGUCCCCGCAGAGAGACUGACUGAGGAUAGGAACAAUACAAAGAAAAUCUCCCUGCUCUCUUUUCUAAUGGCCUGACUACAUGUCUGUCUCUCCGCUGAUGCUAAUAGGGUGUGUGUGUGCAUCCAAUUGUUUUUAUCAUUUUGACAGCGUAGCCAGCGAGGAUAGAGAGAAAUCCGGCUGAUUUAAAAAUUCAUGAGCAGGUUUCAGAUCAUGCAUAUUUAUGUAAUUGUCAUAAGUAGGCAUGGAAGGUCAUUUGAAUUGUAUAUUUGGUGUUGAGAGGUCUGGGAAAUCAGUCCUGACUGAGCUUCAGGAUGAUUAGCUGAGCUUAAUAGAUUCUUGCUGGGAAAAAAUUCCUCAGGUUCUUUUCACUGGAUGAUGUUUUUGCCUACACAUAUGUACAACCUCACACAUGUACAACCCCACACAUGCACACAGGGUUUGGGCACUUCAAAGAGGACCCAGUCACACUAAGGCCUUUGAGAACUAACAGAUUCUUCCAGACCAAUAACAUUAUUAUUAUGUAUAAAGUGGAUAGGACUGGAAGACAGUGAUUCGCACGCACGCAAAUACACACACACAGACACACUGUGAGAACUAGCCGAGUGAGGUUCUUUCAGACCAUUAAGACUGUUACAACAGCUAAGGAGGACAGGGCUGGAAAAACACUCAGCUUGAAAAUGUCACCAACAUCUGGUUCUAAUAAAUAUGUACGUUUUGCUCUCAGUCCUCUCUAAUGUUAUUCAAGUCUAUAACAAAAUAAACCACUCUAUGGACUGUUAUAUGGAAUAUAUGUCAUACUAUAAAUGUUGGGAACGUAUAGUCUGGGCCUCUGUCAUGAUCCCUAGUGAGUCUGUGGUUGAAAUGUAACCACACUGAUCUCACUGCUAUUAUGUUUUCAGUUAUGGAUUUAUAUUAAAAACGCAAAGUUCCUUCAAAUGUACAGGUGCUUUACCAUUUUAUUUGUUUCAUGAAAUCCAUUAGCAAAAUCAUUUUCUAUAAGGAUUUGGAUAGUUCCAAUUUGUUCAGUACCUAUAUGUAGCAGCAUCGUUGCGCUCUUAGAUGUCAUUGUGAGAGCUGCAUUGUGAGGUUCAUUAAAUGAGCACAGAAGGAGAUUUGGAGGCUGAGUUUGUGUAAUCCCUGAAUAACUGAAUACAUGGAUUUAACUCAGGAAAGCUGAGAGUUGUAUGGAGAAAAUCUAUUGUAAUAUGAAGCUGUGUAUAUAGGACUAUUAUUUCACUGGGGGGGAAAAGAUCACUGCAUUAACCUCUUAAGGAUCGGACCCUUUUUUCAAUUUUCGACUAAAAUGACAUACCCAAAUCUAACUGCCUGUAGCUCAGGACCUGAAGCAAGGAUAUGCAUAUCCUUGAUACCAUUUGAAAGGAAACACUUUGAAGUUUGUGGAAAUGUGAAAUUAAUAUAGGAGAAUAUAACACAUUAGAUUUAGUAAAAGAUAAUACAAACCAAAAAACAUGACAUUUUUUUUCUUCCAUCAUUUUGAAAUGCAAGGGAAAGGCCACAAUAUAAUAUUGCAGUUUAGGCGCAAUCUAGAUGUUGGCCACUAGAUGGCAGCAGUGUGUUUCCAAAGUUUCAGAUUGAUCCAGUGAAGCAUUGCAAUACUGGACUAUUUUGUAUCAAGUCUGCCCAAAUGUGCCAAAUUGAUCAAUUGAUACAUUUUCAAGUACAAAACUAUAGAGAACAUACAAAAAUUAUAUGGUAAUACAAAAUGUAAGUUUACACACUCCCAGGAAUGUCAUACAUGAUGGAUCAUUAGCUUAUACACUAACUUUCACACAUCUAGAUGGCCGGGCGGGGUGGGUGUGGAGCCAGAGACAGCAGGGGUUCAAACUAUAGAACACAGUUCCUACAUUUGAAUAUAAAAAUGGAUUUUAUCAAACAAAACUAUGCUACAUUUUAUCUCUGGGACCCAUAGGAUGACAAAUCAGGGCAAGAUUACUGAAUGUAAGUACAUUCUUUACCUUCAGAGGUGAAUGUAUCAAACCAGUUGCCAUGAUAAGUUUUUUGUUGUUGUGCACUCUCCUCAAACAAUAGCAUGGUAUCUUUUCACUGUAAUAGCUACUGUAAAUUGGACAGUGCAGUUAGAUUAACAAGAAUCUUUCUGCCCAUAUAGGACAUGUCUAUGUCCUGGAACGUUUGCAGUUACUUACAACAGUCAUGCUAAUCACAUUUGCGCACAUUAGGUCAACCGUCCCGCAAGUCAAGGCAGAGUUUGACUGGUUGAUUUGAUUGGUUUCAGCUAUCCAACCCUCUCAGAUCUGGGAUUACUUCAGGAAUGGAGGGAAGGAAAGAAGCAGAGCGGCCCAUCGUCACUGUAGUUCCAUUGGGUCAGUACUGUACAGUCCUUCUCCUCCUUAAUGAGCUGAGAGACAGCAGGGACGGCUGGACAGCUGGACUGGAUCCGCCCUCCUCAGAGCCAAGGAAAAGACAGAUUAAUACUGAUAUCCUCCUGGAGCACAGACCUCAGCUCCAAAAGAGAGAGAGAGAGAGAGAGAGAACUGAAAUAAGAGCGAGAAAAGAGAGAGGGAAAGAGAGACUGGGGGAGAGAGAGGGAAGGGAAAGAGAAGAGAGUGAGGGAGAAGAGGAGGAGAAAGAUAAUGGGGGUUAUAGAGUAUGUGAUGGAUGAUGUCUCACCUUCACUGUAAUUACGAGCAGCUGUUUCCUGAGGGGAGAUCCAGAGCCCAGUGAACCAGCGUCCAGCCGUACACACAAACCUGCAGAGUAGAGGGUGAGAACAGAGGGAGGGAGGGAGGGAGAGAGGGAGGGAGGAGAGGAAAAGAAAGAGAGAAAUUAAACAAUGACAAAUAAACAAAGUGUGAACUCUCUCCCCCUGGCAGACGUAACAGAGGAGCCGGGGAAGUGAACUCUCUCCCACUGGCAGACGUAACAGAGGGGCCGGGGAGGUGAACUAUCUCCCCCUGGCAAACGUAACAGAGGGGCCGGGGAGAUGAACUCUCUCCCCCUGGCAAACGUAACAGAGGGGCCGGGGAGAUGAACUCUCUCCCCCUGGCAGACAUAACAGAGGGGCCGGGGAGUUGAACUCUCUCCCCCAGCAGGGAGGGGAACUCUCUCCCCCGGCAGGGAGGUGAACUCUCUCCCCCGGCAGACGUAACAGAGGGGCCGGGGAGGUGAACUCUCUCCCCCUUGCAGACGUAACAGAGGGGCCGGGAAGGUGAACUAUCUCCCCCAGCAGACGUAACAGAGGGGCCGGGGAGGUGAACUCUCUCCCCUGGCAAGGAGGUGAACUCUCUCCCCCUGGCAGACGUAACAGAGGGGCCAGGGAGAUGAACUCUCUCCCACUGGCAGACGUAACAGAGCGUGGCCAGGGCCAAUGAGGAAAACUAACGGCCUUGAAUUAUUUUCACCAGGAGGGUAAAAGAAAAGUGCAGAAGAAAGCGAGGAAAAGAGAAACAGCAUUAGUGGAUGAUGAAUGUGGGGAGAGGAGACGUCAUUUACCUGUUCAGAUCAUCACAGUGAACAUUUUAAUGAGUUUUCCACAGAUCCACACAAUCUCAGAUUAUUCAUGAUUGUGACUCAGGAUAUUUAUGUGAGAUAAUCUUCCAGAUAUAUUUUCUCUCUCUCUCUUCUCUCUCCAGCCUCAAUGAUUUGCAGCUCCUCUUAAAAACUCCUUCUCUGUAAUAAAACACACUUGGCUUCGCAACACUAGACGCUUUCUCUUCGAGGCUUCGCCAGACACAGCCAGUAGAAGUGAUUCUUUGCUUUGCAGCCUCUUAGGAUAGUAGAGACAUAUUGAGCACUGGAAUCUUUCUGACAGCAUCACAUAGAAUCAGUCUCCCUCCUACACAUGCGCUCUUCACACUCACCUUUGCUGACAAACUCAUAUCUGCAGUGAGGACUUGAUUGAUGAUUUCAUAAAUAUGAAGUUGCAAUUCUACAUUCUAAUAUUUAUAUCUGUAUCCUCACAGUAGUGACAGGCUUGUGUGACAGCUGCAGUCAGAUUGGAUUCUACUCUAAGGUAGAUCAGUGUCUGUUCUCUCUCUCAGACCCUGUGUGAUUGUAUAGGGCCUGAGACAAGCAGCCAGGGAGAUUUCUGUCUUGUCCAUUCUCCCAGUCUCAUCAUGUUCAGUUCUGAAGAUAUUAAUAAGUACAUCUCUCUCGCUCUCUCUCUCUCUCUCUCUCCUCUCUCUCCCCUUCAUACUUUACCUGUAUCCAAGCCUUUAAACCAGGGCUGGGUCUCAUUGCUCCUCUCCUCUCCUCUCAACUCUCUCUCCCCCCUCCCCUCCUCCUCCCCUCUCGUCCUCUCCUCUCCUCCAGACUAACUCUUCUUCUCCUAUCUCUCUCCUCCAGAUUCUAUCUGUAUCCAGGGUUUUGAUCCAGGGCUGGGUCUCCUAGCUCCCAUCAACCCCAUGAUGGCAGGUAUCAGCCUGGUCCCUCCUCCGCCUGGUCCCCCCGUCAUCAAGGAGAUCAUCCACUGCCAGAGCUGCACCCUGUUCCCCCAGAACCCCAGUAAGACUCACACACACCAACACACACACUGUCUUGUACAACUAACGUUGUGGGGACACACAAAUCCUAACCCCUAACCCUAAACCUAACCUGUACCCUUACCCUUACCCUUACUCUAACCCUAACCUUAACCCUAAACUCCCUAGAAAUAGCAUUUGACCUUGUGGGGACUAAGAAAAUGUCCCUAGUUGGUCAAAUGUUUGUUUGUCUGAUAUUCUUGUAUAGUUAAACACGUCCACCCAUGCGCGCGCACACACACACACACACACACACACACACACACACACACACACACACACACACACACACACACACACACACACACACACACACACACACACACACACACACACACACACACUUGCAUGCUUUUCUAUCCUUUCCAUCUAAAUUAAUAUAAAUACGUUCAUAUAUGGACUGUAGUCACAAGAAUUGUCACCAGAUGUGACCUGAGCAUGCAUGUUGUUCCAGACCUGCCUCCUCCGUCAACGCGGGAGCGGCCCCCAGGGUGUAAGACAGUGUUUGUCGGGGGUCUGCCGGAGAACGCCAGCGAGGAGAUCAUCAGGGAGGUGUUUGAUCAGUGUGGUGAGAUCAUCGCCAUCAGGAAGAGCAAGAAGAACUUCUGUCACAUCCGCUUCAGUGAGGAGUUCAUGGUGGACAAGUCCCUAUACCUCUCCGGUCAGUACUAUACUAUACUAUACUAUACUAUACUAUACUAUACUAUACUAUACUAUACUAUACUAUACUUUACUUUACUUUACUAUACAAAUACUAUACUACGCAAAUGCUAUACUAUACACACAAGAUACAAACGAGAUGCUCUACGUCUCUGGUCAGUGGUCAGCAUAACUAUGUAUUUGCAGCAGUUUUUAAGUAUUCCUUUUUAAUAGAAUAUGUAUUAAUGAUAUGAACACUGUAGAGGAGUAAAAACAGUGACCUUGUGUCACUUAAAGCCGUUACGCCAAGACAGGAGCAGAAAUAGACUGUAGCUAUGCAGGCUGGAGGUGUGCCUAUUGAUGAGGAGGAAUAGAUGAAUAUUUUAGCAUUAUGAAUAGUUGAAAAUGUAAAGUUUGUCCUUUUGGUUUGCUAAUGAUCUUUGUGGUGGUACGUGGGGUAUAGAAUGUAGGCAUUUGAAAUACUGUAUACUUUGAGUGUAUCUGACUGUGGGAGUAUGAGUUUACAUGACUGUAUAUACAGUGGCUUGCGAAAGUAUUCACCCCUCUUGGCAUUUUUCCUAUUUUGUUGCCUUACAACCUGGAAUUAAAAUUGAUUUUUUGGGGGUUUGUAUCAUUUGAUUUACACAACAUGCCUAUCACUUUGAAGAUGCACAAUAUUUUUUCUUGUGAAACAAACAAGAAAUAAGACAAAAAAACUGAAAACUUGAGCAUACAUUACUAUUCACCCCCCCAAAGUCAAUACUUUGUAGAGCCACCUUUUGCAGCAAUUACAGCUGCAAGUCUCUUGGGGUAUGUCUCUAUAAGCUUGGCACAUCUAGUCACUGGGAUUUUUGCCCAUUCUUCAAGGCAAAUCUGCUCCAGCUCCUUCAAGUUGGAUGGGUUCCGCUGGUGUACAGCAAUCUUUAAGUCAUACCACAGAUUCUCAAUUGGAUUGAGGUCUGGGCUUUGACCAGGCCAUUCCAAGACAUUGAAAUGUUUCCCAUUAAACCACUCGAGUGUUGCUUUAGCAGUAUGCUUAGGGUCAUUGUCCUUCUGGAAGGUGAACCUCCGUCCCAGUUUCAAAUCUCUGGAAGACUGAAACAGGUUUCCCUCAAGAAUUUCCCUGUAUUUAGCGCCAUCCAUCAUUCCUUCAAUUCUGACCAGUUUCCCAGUCCCUGCCGAUGAAAAACAUACCCACAGCAUGAUGCUGCCACCACCAUCCUUCACUUUGGGGAUGGUGUUCUCGGGGUGAUGAGAGGUGUUGGGUUUGCGCCAGACAUAGCGUUUUCCUUGAUGGCCAAAAAGCUCAAUUCUAGUGUCAUCUGACCAGAGUACCUUCUUCCAUAUAUUUGGGGAGUCUCCCACAUGCCUUUUGGUGAACACCAAACGUGUUUUCUUAUUUGUUUCUUUACGCAAUGGCUUUUUUUGGUCACUCUUCAGUAAAGCCCAGCUCUGUGGAGUGUACGGUGGUCCUACAGACAGAUACUCCAAUCUCCGCUGUGGAGCUUUGCAGCUCCUUCAGGGUUAUCUUUGGUCUCUUUGUUGCCUCUCUGAUUAAUGCCCUCCUUGCCUGGUCUGUGAGUUUUGGUGGGCGGCUCUCUCUUGGCAGGUUUUGGUGCCAUAUUCUUUCCAUUUUUAAAUAAUGGAUUUAAUGGUGCUCCGUGGGAUGUUCAACGUUUCGGAUAUUUUUUUAUAACCCAACCCUGAUCUGUUUGAUGAGCUCCUUGGUCUUCAUGGUGCCGCUUGCUUGGUGGUGCCCCUUGCUUAGUGGUGUUGCAGACUCUGGGGUCUUUCAGAACAGGUGUAUGUAUACUGAGAUCAUGUGACAGAUCAUGUGACACUUAGAUUGCACACAGGUGGACUUUAUUUAACUAAUUAUGUGACUUCUGAAGGUAAUUGGUUGCACCAGAUCUUAUUUAGGGGCUUCAUAGCAAAGGGGGUGAAUACAUAUGCACGCACCACUUUUCCGUUAUUUAUUUUUUAGAAUUUCUUGAAACAAGUUAUUUUUUUCAUUUCACUUCACCAAUUUGGACUAUUUUGUGUAUGUCCAUUACAUGAAAUCCAAAUAAAAAUCCAUUUAAAUUACAGGUUGUAAUGCAACAAAAUAGGAAAAACGCCAAGGGGGAUGAAUACGUUUACAAGGCACUGUAUCAGUUGUCCACAGUAUGUAUGUUUGUGUCUGUGUACGUGUACGUGUUUUGAAUGUCUUUGUAUUGUUGCGUUUAGUGUAUCUGACCUCUAAAUGCCCUGUGUCCCCAGGCUACCGGAUGCGUAUUGGCUCCAGUACAGAUAAGAAGGACUCAGGGAGGAUGCAUGUGGACUUUGCUCAGGCCAGAGACGACCUGUAUGAGUGGGAAUGUCAACAGAGGCUGCUGGCCAGGGAGGAACGACACCGACAGAUGAUCCACGAAGACUUCUUCCGACCACCCUCGCCACCUCCCAUCAUGCACUUCUCAGACCACGAGGCAGGACUGCUGGCGGAGAGAUUGAAAGGUGAGAGGACCAAUGAGGAUGAUCGUUCAGAGCCCAGAUUCUGUUUGGUUGGUUGUUUGGUUUUUAUGAUAAAGUACUGAUGUUGUCUGGAUGUUCUGUGUCAUGUCCAGCUGUCCCACCCAUCCCACAGCUGAUGCUCAGUGUGUGUGCUGCAGAUGGGUCAUGGUGGCAUGUAAUGUGUGUAAUGUUAUGUACACUGGUCCAAGCUGCACACUGUAUUACACACAGUAUGGAAACAAUUGAACAUACAUUCUCAUGAUUGUUAUCUUAGUGUAGUACAGACAGAGCAAUUAAACAUUCCCCUGAUGUUAUGGUGAUUUGAUAUUGAAGAAAAAUAAUCGGACAUGAUAAUGUUGUGUUACAAAAAUACAGUUUUCGUUUCUAAUUUCUUAUAUCAUCUAAAUGAGUUAUUGAUCUCACUCUGUCGGCUAGACCUCUCUCAGACACACUACCCAUUCUCUCUCUGCAUGAUAAAUACAGUCAUGGCUUCCCUUCCCUUCAAUAUCCAUCUACUGUGUUACACUAACCAUCAUAGCAGCAUGUGAACAUUCCUGGACAAAGAGCUAUGACAUCAUGCUGUGUUAUUGUCUGUUCUUUACCGAAUGGACAGAGAGACGUAAAUAACCUGAGGCAGGUCUCUUCCCUCUGUUCCCUCUUUCCUAAGCAGCCUCAGGUUGCAUCUAUCUGACAGGGGAGUUUGACUCUGUUGGUCCCUCUACCUCAUCAGCCAUCACAGCACUAGUCAGCUCCACUCCCCCCUCUCUUUCUCCCCACAUGGUGCAUCCCGACUGUCUCUCUCUCUCUCUCUCUCUCUCUCUCUCUCUCUCUCUCUCUCUCUCUAUCUCUCUCUCUCUCUCUCUCUCUCUCUCUCUCUCUCUCUCUCUCUCUCUCUCUCUCUCUCUCUCUCUCUCUCUCUCUCUCUCUCUCGCCCAAAGGGCAUCAGACAUCUCCAAUACAGCUCAAUAUGGAGAGAGAGAGGCAGAAAGAGAGAGAGAGAGAGAGUGCUGAAAUGAAACCAAUUGCAUCACAAUGCCUUAUCGACAUCCCCCCCCUCCCUCUCUCCAUUUCCUUCUCCUAUCUCAGUCAAAACAGACAUUCAGAGAUGGACUCUAGGAGGAGGCACAUUGAUACAAUAGAUAUGAGGCAGAGAGAGUCUUUUCAUCUAUCAUCUCUCUAUGAAGCGUAUGAUAAUGUGAUGGGUCACGGCUGGGAGAUGUCAUGCUGUGUUCUGACCAGUAACCACCCCAUCACACCCCCUACCCUUAUUUCCCACCCCUCCCUCCCUUCAUCACGUUCCCUGGAGCUCAGAAUUCCUAGAUUUCCUCGUCUUCUGCUGGUGGGAAAUGUGGGUUGUCCUGCCUCCUUUUCCAUCUCUGGUGCUUUCUUUUCCCAUUCUGUGCUUUCCUGCUAAUAUUCCCCCUCUCUCUUUCUCAUUCUCCCUCUCUGAGCUAUCCUUCUUGUCCCGCUGUUCCACUGUCUCUGCUCACUGUUCAGAGUGGUGUUUGAAAGUGUUCUGUUUCUCCAUAAUCAUAUUCAUUCAAACAGCCUCUGGUUAAUGCUUUUACAUUCUCAGGCGGGUAAAUAGCUUAAUCAUGUUCAUUACCACAUUACAGAGCAUUACUCUGUCUCUCUCUCAACACAAAUACAGCUGCUGCUGCUAUGAAGGGAUGUUAUGAGCCUUCACACUGAGGCUGCAGCAGUAGAGACAGUCUAACUGGUGGUCACAGAUGAAAGAAAGAGGAGGGGAGGGUAGAUGGCGAGAAAGAGAGUCUAUGUGUGUGCAUUUGUUUGUUUGUGUGUCACACAUUUUCUGUGAUAGGUAGGUAAACGCUCGCACAGAAUAAAAAAGGUUUACCCUACACUACACCACUGGCUAUUACUAUAGAGAGUUUUAGUGCUCCACACUUUCCAUUUAAUAUUACACAUAGCCAAACACUGUGAGAUAUUUUGAUUUGAUUAUUCAUUCAAAAGGCUGGGGAAAUAUACUUCCAUUAUUCCCUGUGUUGUGCUGGCCCACAAUACCUUCAUGUGACUGCAUUAUAAUAUGACUGUAUGAUUGUACGCUGCUGCCUCUCCUGAAUAGGACUAGAGCUGUGAGGUGGAAAGUGUUUUCAUCCAAGCAUCUGUGUGCUCUCAGGUCGUGUUGCAGUGGGUAUUGAACUCGUUAAACGAUUUCUAAUUCACUCUGCGCUGUGCGAUCGGACACGGCUCUUUGGCACGUUUCAAUUAUUAUUCAAAUGUGAAGAAUGCACUUGACAAAGGCCCACCGAGACACAGACAGUUAAAGAGGAUACACUCGCUCAACAACCAGUUUCUGCUGAUUCAAACCCAGAAAUGCAUUUUGUGUUCAGAGCAGACUGUGGUCUCAUCCACAGGCACUCAGAGGAUAUGAAACAGUCUGAUAGUUAAUCUCGCCAUGCUGUUCAGUUUCUGUGGACUGAAGCAUGGAGGGGAAGAUAGAAGUAGAAUUUCUUCAAAGUACAUGGCCAUAUCAUUUAUUUCAUGGACUACCCAAGUGCAUUUUCAUAGGCUUUCAGCUUCACUGUUUUAAACCCCCAGCCUUAAACCUCUCCCCUCCUUCUCCCCCAUCAUCCCCCUCCAGAUGACCAUAAGUUCAGUGAAGCGACUGCGGUCCUAUUCACAUGGAUCGACCGUGGUGAGGUCAACCGGCGGUCGGCCAAUCACUUCUACUCUAUGAUCCAGUCAGCCAAUAGCCACGUCCGGAGGCUGAUGAGUGAGAAGGCCCAGCACGAGGAAGAGAUGGAGCUAACCAAGGAGACGUUUAAAAACUCCCUGCUGGCCAUACUGACUCAGUGUAAGCAUCUAACUAGACACACUAUACACUACCUUUUAAUACACGCUCCCUCUACCUGUAACACUUUAUUCUCAUAAACCCUUCCUAGACACAGUGCACUACAGGUACCUCCAACAUAGCAGUAAAGACCAGUUGUUCUAUACAGCUGUGCGGUGAUGAGCCUAUAGUUAGGAGGGUGACAGUAGUCAGAGACCACACAGAGGUAAGGACAGUACAGUGUCCUGAGGAAACCUCUGUGUGUCUGUCUGGAGCUUUCUACAGGAGAGGACCAGCUGAUCUACCUACUGUACCUCCCAGGUAGGCAUCAUAGAACAGUAUCCCUCCAGCAGGCACUCUCAAACAAUGUCAAUGUACACUAUGGACUGAUAUUGAAAUGAUAUGAAAUACCAUCUGGAAAGACAAUGAGACAACAACAAGAUUGAUCAAUGGCUAAUUACUGUUUAAAUAGUCAUCAUUUUAUUGUAAUUUUUUUAUGCUCAACACUGAGAAGAAAAACUGAGCUAAAUAGUCCUCUGCUGUUGCUUUAAUAUGAAAAUCCAUGAAGCAAAGUCCAGAGAUAUGAAUUAAAUCACCGGAGUAGACGUAGAGGAUGAUGAGGGGGUGUAGCUUUAAUGUUGACCUGGUCACAGUGCUCUUGUCCAGUAGUAAUAAUGACACUAUUUAAAGUUCCUGUUGUUUAUUGAAGAUAAAUAUGACAGUAUGCAAUCAGAACAGAGCCAAGCUUUAAAGGUAACAUUAUUCUACUGGUGGGGAGAAUAGUGAUGACUACAGUAAAUACAACAUUUUCAAAAGAGUUAUGAAUGAUUAAUGACAAAAUACUCCUUUUAUGUAAAUUCAAUAGUAUGUCUAGUAUCACAAAGCGAGCCAUCCAUUGUAGAAUGUUGUCUUUGUCAGUCCUGAAGGAACUGAAUCAGCAGGUAUGAGAUGUAAGUACUGUACAGCACCGUGAAGGAGACACCAGGUUACACUACGACCAGCAUUUAACAUAUGAGGCCCUACAAACCAACAAAAAUAAUGUGUAAAAAUCACAGCCCACACAAUGAUUCUCAAUAUGUUGGUGGGUGGUACAGGUAAAUGCAAUGGGAUCCACUAACCCAGGCUGGCAGGAUGAAGCUCCUAGUGUCUUCUCUGUGGUGUUGUGCCUGGGUGGUACAGUAGGAUCUAAGCUCUACAUAAAGUCUUGUCUUGUCUUGACUCUCCUGUUCACCCCAAGUUGAGCAGAUCACGGCUGUGUUCACCGCUGCCUCCAGGCAGAAGGCAUGGGACCAUUUCACUAAAGCGCAGCGCAAGAACAUAGACAUUUGGAGAAAGCAGUGUGAGGUUGGUACUCUCUCCUUACCCCCUUAUUCCUUGUCAUGUUUGGACCCCUCAGGACAGGAGAGAUUGACAGACAGACACUCUAGAAGGAUUGAGUGCUACUGUGUUUCAUGUUGCCGUUGUUGCAGACUGCUGUGCCCUCACAGAUACACAGACAGAUGGACAGACAGCCAUGUUGUUCUGAUCUACGGAUGCUGUGUGUUACUCUCCUACAGUACUAUUCGUAGACUUUUUCUCACAUUGAUGAAACACACACGCGCGCGCAGAUGACAGUAACUAAAGAUCUGACGCCUCCUAGAAAGUGUGAGUGGGUGCUAUGGCAACAGAGGCUUCCAGGGUUAAGACAGAUCAAUAAUUCAUUGGAAUUAUAACAAGUCAGCAUGCUGGAAUAUUCUCUACAGGAGGGAAACACAUGUUAGUUAUCACUUUCAUUAGAACUAAACAAAAACAUCCUAUUGAUCUCAUAGAAUGGGGAUAUAUUUGGUUGUAGAAACAUUGCACAAACCUAGAUCUGAAUCAUUGAUUAUUUUACACCCCCUUGGUCUUGAUUUGGCCAUAUGGAGACCAUGACGAUUUAUUGAAGUGAAUUAAAAGUAAUGACCAGGUAUUUGAGAGUGUCUAUCUGUGGGGGCCAGCAUUAUCCAGGCAAAUGUUAAAGACAUGCUCCAGAACUUUGGCAACUACUAAGUAUUUUUUAAACCUCCCGCUUUGGGCUGGAUGUGUCAAUGUGUAGGUCAUACAUGCAUUAUCUAUCUGCAGAAUUACCUCAAUUAGGCACGAAAUCCCUAGUUUGAAAGCGACUGUUUUUCUGGAUGCUGUGCUGCGCCAGCCCCCUAGCAAUUAGAGUUCUAGCCAAUGAGCUUUAGCCCCUUGCCAUUUAAGUGACAGCUAGCAAGAUGCACACACAGCAGAGCGAGAGAGAGAGAGCAAUGAUGUGGUGCACAUCUCUGCACAUAUGUGACGUAUUUUCGGGGACCACUUUUGGCUCGUGAGCACUACCUUCAGAACUACUGGCUAAAAAGUAUACAAAAGCACUGGAGAAUCUCUAUAACCUUAUAUGAUCAUUCAUACUGUAAGCCCUCUAUGUUCAUACCUGUCUCUAAGUCAAGUCAGUAAGAAAGGAAUCAUGCUAUGUCUAUUCUCAAAGCAAUCAGAGGUAAGGCAUUGAUUUGGAAGAAGAGACACUAACAGUAAAACUAUGGAGUGAGUCUUGCUAGCAUGCCACCAUUGUGAAAUCCUUUGUUAAGGGUCAGUAGUAUGCUUGGUAAAUGUUCAAGUGGUUAAAGUAAGGAAAGUCUGCACCCUGAACCGUCAUAGAUUAACUAUGACAAAUGGCUGUGAAUUAAUUAGCUACUGAUGUCAGUAUCAACAUCCUCCAUGACAGUAGUAUGAAAUUACAGUUUUAUUAUGAACUGAUAAUGGAGAUGGCAGAAAUCAUGAGAUCAGAUAAGGCUCUGAACACCAUUGGAUUUCUGAGACUUCAUGCCCUACUGUAGCUUCUAAGAAAAAGGCUCUGGCUGGUUCAGUGCUGCAGCUGAGGCUUUCUGUGCUCACAGUCACACAUAACAAAACUCUCCCUCCAACCCUCUCUCCCUUUCUCUCUCUCCAUUUCCCUCUCAUAACUCUAUCGCUCUCUCCCCUAGUUGAGUCAUUGCUAAGCACAUUUACUCUAUCUGAGGAGAGAUUUCACAGUGGUGGUAUUAGACAGCCUCACAGCUGAGACAGUACUAGUUAUCAGAGCAGCUGGGAGAAUGAGAUGAUUUAUAUGCUCCUCUGUCUUUAGCAUGUGAAAAAAAGGAAGCAUUCAAACUGCCCAUAGGCACAGAUCUAGGAUCAGUUUACCUUACCCCCUAAAUCCUAACCUUAACCAUUGUGGAAGGAAAACAAAUUGGGUGAUUCCAUGUCAUUUCAGCAAGCCAUGCUCGGGAACUUUGGGGGAGAUGGUGGGUGUCGAAAUCCUCUUUCUUGUGCUUUUUGAGGUGGAAUGACUCAGUUGACCAUAGUUCUGUCUAGGGGUAAUUGAAUCCUCUUCCACCACAGACUCUGUCCACAGGUACAAUAUAUUAAGUUAGAAACCAUCCUUAAAAGGGCAGUCUGGUUGAAACCAUCUUUAGACAGGCAUCUGGUUGGGUGUAUAGGACUGAGACACUGAGGGGUCCUUGCCCUGUUUGUGUCCUUGUGUUGUGAUGUGACAGGAGCUGCGGAACGCCCAUUGUGAGGAGAUCAUGGGGAUUCGACGGGAGGAGGAGAUGGAGAUGUCUGACGACGACUCGGAUGAGAGCCCCUGUAAGAAGAUACGCAGGGAGGACAACGGUAGGACAGACACAGGCCCAAUCCCAAACUUACUCUUAGGUUCUAGGCCCUAGUGCUUAUCUCCUAGCUGCUAGCCCCUAGGCACUUGUACCUUUUAAUGAUGGCAGGCCACUGUAGCUCAUGAAUCACCAGACUGCUACAGUAUAUAUUGGUGGUAGAUAGGUAACUUUAUGCCGUGGAGGAUUGUUCAUGACCUGUCACACAGCCCCAGAAACCUAGACACUGCCAGUCAGAUGGCAGGAAGAAUGAUCUAGCAGCUGGGAUGUGAUGGGAUGUUAUAGAUGGGCUGUGGUGGUACAGUGACCAAGCUGCUCAGAUUCAGAACACUUCACAAUCUAUUACUGCUCUGCUCCAAUGCUGCAGCCUAUUCUAAUGCCUGCUGAAAGAGCCUGUUGAAAGGACAGCAGUGCUUUACUGAGCAGCUCUGAACAGCUCCCUUUCAUGUGUCCUGAAUACAUGACAUGUAUGGAGGAGGAGAGAGAACAACAGAUACCUCCACUUCCAGUGACUCAGAACCUCACAGGUUGGGUAGAGAGUUGACUCACUGCAGUUUGUGUGUGUGCGUGCGGGUGCGUGCAUGCAUGCGUAUGUGUGUUUGUGUGUGUGUCUUGUGUCUAACCCUCUCUCCCGUCCUCCUCUCCAGGAGUGUGUGGCCAGUCUGGGGCCUCUCUGAGGGAGGAGAAUGACUCUCUGCGCUGGCAGCUGGACGCCUACAGGAACGAGGUGGAGCUGCUGAGGAAGGAGCAGGUCAAGUCCUGCCACCCCGACGACCCCGAACACCCCCCUGACAGACACACACACCUACUACAGCAGAGCAUGCACAACAUGCAUCAGGUACAAUAUUACACCAUCUACGCCUGUAUCAUAUUCCACCUGUGAUUCCACUAUUGGGAAUGUGCUUAUACCAACAGUAAUUGAGAUACAGUACCUUCAAUACAAUACAGUGCCAACACUACCAUCACAUGCUGCAGGUAUGUGUACCUGUGCUUUCACUAGCAAAAGGUAAUUAAAGGCCAUAGCAGCGGUACCUAGGAACAAAGAGUAUUAGGGACAGUGCAGCUACACAUCACUUUGAUGUAUUCUGACUGACCUGUCUACCACGUUCACACUCCCUCCCUUUAUAACCGGACCCAGACCACAACACAGUCAGACCUCUGCCUGCUGUUGUUCCUGCUUACUGGUGUCUCCUCUGUGUUCGUCACCUUCUCUGUUGUUUUUGUCCUCCCAGCACUUUCUCUCUAUCUAACUGUGUUGAGGUCUAUUGUGUAACUUUGUCUAUCUGUGUGUCUCUCUAUCUAACUGUGUUGAGGUCUAUUGUGUAACUGUCUCUUUGUGUGUCUCUCUAUCUAACUGUGUUGAGGUCUAUUGUGUAACUUUGUCUCUCUGUGUGUCUCUCUAUCAAACUGUGUUGAGGUCUAUUGUGUAACUGUCUCUCUGUGUGUCUCUCUAUCUAACUGUGUUGAGGUCUAUUGUGUAACUUUGUCUCUCUGUGUGUCUCUCUAUCUAACUGUGUUGAGGUCUAUUGUGUAACUGUCUCUCUGUGUGUCUCUCUAUCAAACUGUGUUGAGGUCUAUUGUGUAACUCUGUUUCUCUGUGUGUCUCUCUAUCUAACUGUGUUGAGGUCUAUUGUGUAACUCUGUUUCUCUGUGUGUCUCUCUAUCUAACUGUGUUGAGGUCUAUUGUGUAACUCUGUUUCUCUGUGUGUCUCUCUAUCUAACUGUGUUGAGGUCUAUUGUGUAACUCUGUUUCUCUGUGUGUCUCUCUAUCUAACUGUGUUGAGGUCUAUUGUGUAACUCUGUUUUCUCUGUGUGUCUCUCUAUCUAACUGUGUUGAGGUCUAUUGUGUAAACUCUGUUUCUCUGUGUGUCUCUCUAUCUAACUGUGUUGAGGUCUAUUGUGUAACUCUGUUUCUCUGUGUGUCUCUCUAUCUAACUGUGUUGAGGUCUAUUGUGUAACUCUGUUUCUCUGUGUGUCUCUCUAUCUAACUGUGUUGAGGUCUAUUGUGUAACUCUGUUUCUCUGUGUGUCUCUCUAUCUAACUGUGUUGAGGUCUAUUGUGUAACUCUGUUUCUCUGUGUGUCUCUCUAUCUAACUGUGUUGAGGUCUAUUGUGUAACUCUGUUUCUCUGUGUGUCUCUCUAUCUAACUGUGUUGAGGUCUAUUGUGUAACUCUGUUUCUCUGUGUGUCUCUCUAUCUAACUGUGUUGAGGUCUAUGUGUAACUCUGUUUCUCUGUGUGUCUCUCUAUCUAACUGUGUUGAGGGUCUAUUGUGUAACUCUGUUUCUCUGUGUGUCUCUCUAUCUAACUGUGUUGAGGUCUAUUGUGUAACUUGUUUCUCUGUGUGUCUCUCUAUCUAACUGUGUUGAGGUCUAUUGUGUAACUCUGUUUCUCUGUGUGUCUCUCUAUCUAACUGUGUUGAGGUCUAUUGUGUAACUCUGUUUCUCUGUGUGUCUCUCUAUCUAACUGUGUUGAGGUCUAUUGUGUAACUCUGUUUCUCUGUGUGUCUCUCUAUCUAACUGUGUUGAGGUCUAUUGUGUAACUCUGUUUCUCUGUGUGUCUCUCUAUCUAACUGUGUUGAGGUCUAUUGUGUAACUCUGUUUCUCUGUGUGUCUCUCUAUCUAACUGUGUUGAGGUCUAUUGUGUAACUCUGUUUCUCUGUGUGUCUCUCUAUCUAACUGUGUUGAGGUCUAUUGUGUAACUCUGUCUCUCUGUGUGUCUCUCUAUCUAACUGUGUUGAGGUCUAUUGUGUAACUCUGUCUCUCUGUGUGUCUCUCUAUCUAAACUGUGUUGAGGUCUAUUGUGUAACUCUGUCUCUCUGUGUGUCUCUCUAUCUAACUGUGUUGAGGUCUAUUGUGUAACUUUGUCUCUCUGUGUGUCUCUCUAUCUAACUGUGUUGAGGUCUAUUGUGUAACUCUGUCUCUCUGUGUGUCUCUCUAUCUAACUGUGUUGAGGUCUAUUGUGUAACUCUGUCUCUCUGUGUGUCUCUCUAUCUAACUGUGUUGAGGUCUAUUGUGUAACUCUGUCUCUCUGUGUGUCUCUAUCUAACUGUGUUGAGGUCUAUUGUGUAACUCUGUUUCUCUGUGUGUCUCUCUAUCUAACUGUGUUGAGGUCUAUUGUGUAACUCUGUCUCUCUGUGUGUCUCUCUAUCUAACUGUGUUGAGGUCUAUUGUGUAACUCUGUUUCUCUGUGUGUCUCUCUAUCUAACUGUGUUGAGGUCUAUUGUGUAACUCUGUUUCUCUGUGUGUCUCUCUAUCUAACUGUGUUGAGGUCUAUUGUGUAACUCUGUUUCUCUGUGUGUCUCUCUCUCCUCCCAGCAACUGCUGAGUCUGCAGGAUCAGCUGAGGAGUAAGGAGGUGGAGCUGGAGCAGGCUAGAGACGAACACAGAUACCUGGAGGGAGAGGUCCUAGCCCUGAGAGACAAGGUGAGAGAACAUGCAUGCACACAAAUGCGUAAACACACACACAUAGACCCACACAAGCGUGUAAACUCACACGCACUGAUCCAGAUGGGAGUGUAGGGUUCUGAGUCAUGAUGGUUAUGAAGAUAUAAAGAUAUAGAGAAACAAACGGCAAAGAGAACCUCCUUAUACAUAACAGUACCAGGGUGUGCCUAUUGCUGAUCCUUCAGAUAACACACUGUACUGUAUCGUAUAUGAGUACAUUGCAAAGGAGGCCCCUGAGCUCUGUAGGGUUGACUGUUGGGCCUUUAACAUACUGAGUAACCGACAAGGAUAUAAAUGUAUAUAUGGUGAAACAUACAGACUGCAGGAGGGAGUUAGAGACAUGGUUUUGAUGUAGUGGCAGUCUAGUAUUUCUUUUUGUAGGCUACUAUAGCUGUCUGUUCAAAUAUUCUCUUUAUCUCCCUCCUCAUUAUCUCCCUCCUCAUUAUCUCCCUCCUCUUUAUCCCCUUCCUCUUUAUCCCCCUUCCUCUUUAUCUCCCUCCUCUUUAUCCUCCUCUUUAUCUCCCUCCUCUUUAUCUCCCUCCUCUUUAUUUCCCUUACUCUUUAUCUCCCCCCACUUUAUCCUCCUCUUUAUCUCCCUCCUCUUUAUCUCCCUCCUCUUUAUCUCCUUCCUUUUUAUCUCCCUCCUCUUGAUCUCCCUCCUCUUUAUCUCCCUCCUCUUUAUAUAUCUCCUCUUUAUCCCCCUCCUCUUUAUCUCCUUCCUCUUUAUCUCCUUCCUCUUUAUCUCCCUCCUCUUUAUCUCCCUCCUCUUUAUCUCCUUCCUCUUUAUCGCCCUCCUCUUUAUCUCCCUCCUCUUUAUCUAUCUCUGUCUCUUUCUAUUGUAGUUUCUACACAAGUGGCUCUCCCUCAGUAGACACACACACACACACACCAGCCUGAGGUCGCACCACUCAUCUCUCUGCGGGAGAAAAACAUCGCAACAUGGCCACAGUAGCAGCAUCCCCCUUUAUCUCCCUCUCAUCCCUCUCAUUCCCCUCCCUCCAUGUCCUCUCAACUCCCUGCCUCCAUGUCCUCUCAUUCCCCUAACCUCCAUGUCCUCUCAUUCUCCUAACCUCCAUGUUCUCUCAUUCCCCUAACCUCCAUGUCCUCUCAUACCCCUCCCUCCAUGUCCUCUCAUCCCCCUCCCUCCAUGUCCUCUCAUCCCCCUCCUUCCAUGUCCUCUCAUCCCCUCCCUCCAUGUCCUCUCAUUCCCCUAACUCCAUGUCCUCUCAUACCCCUCCCUCCAUGUCCUCUCAUCCCCCUCCCUCCAUGUCCUCUCAUCCCCUCCCUCCAUGUCCUCUCAUCCCCUCCCUCCAUGUCCUCUCAUCCCCUAACCUCCAUGUCCUCUCAUCCCCCUAACCUCCAUGUCCUCUCAUCCCCCUAACCUCCAUGUCCUCUCAUCCCCCUCCCUCCAUUUCCUCUCAUCCCCCUCCCUCCAUGUCCUCUCAUCCCCCUCCCUCCAUGUCCUCUCAUCCCCUCCUCCAUGUCCUCUCAUCCCCUCCCUCCAUGUCCUCUCAUCCCCCUCGCCCCAUGUCACUCUCAUCCCCCCUCCUCCCCCAUGUCCUCUCAUCCCCCCCCUCCAUGUCCUCUCAUCCCCCUCCCUCCAUGUCUCUCUCAUCCCCCUACACCUCCAUGUCCUCUCAUCCCCUCCCUCCAUUGCCUCUCAUCCCCACUCCCUCCAUUCCUCAUCAGCCCCCUCCCCUCCCAUGUCCUCAUCUCCCUCCCUCCAUGUCCUCUCAUCCCCUAACCACCAUGCCUACUCUCCCUCCCCAUGUCCUCUCAUCCCCCUCCCUCCAUGUCCUCUCAUCCCCUACCUCCAGGUCCUCUCUCCCCCCCAUCCCAUGUCCUCUCAUCCCCCUCCCUCCAUGCCUCUCAAUUCCCUCCCCCAUGUCCUCUCAUCCCUACCUCCAUGUCCUCUCAUCCCCCCUCCUCCAUGUCCCUCUCAUCCCACCUCAUUCCUCUCAUCCCCCUCCCUCCAUGGUCCUCUCAUACCCCUCCCUCCAUGUCCCUCUCAUCCCCACCCAUGUCCUCUCAUCCCCUAACCUCCAUGUCCUCUCAUCCCCCUCCCUCCAUGUCCUCUCUCCCCCUCCCUCCAUGUCCUCUCAUCCCCUCCCCCAUGUCCUCUCAUCCCCCUAACCCCCCCAUGUCCUCUCACCCCCUAACCUCCAUGUCCUCUCAUCCCCCUCCCCCAUUCUCUCAUCCCCUCCAUGUCCUCAUCACAUACCUCAUGUCCUCUCAUCCCCCACUCAUGUCCUCUCAUCCCCCUCCCCCCAUGUGGUCCGCUCUCCCCCUCCCCCCAUGUCCUCUCAAUCCCCCUCCCUCAAUUUGUCCUCUCAUCCCCCUCAUCCUCUCACUCUUCCGAACCCACUCACUCCUCUCCGAGCAUGCCAGACUCUGAAAUGGCUCAAAUGGCUCAAACUUCCUCUCAAGAUGGUCUGAGAGCCCAGGCAGCAGACAGCAGGCAGCAGACAGCAGGCAGCAGACAGCAGGCAGCAGACAGCAGGCAGCAGACAGCAGGCAGCAGCGUGUGUGUGUGUGCGUGUGCAUGUGCGUUUGUCCUUUCUUCUGAGGCUAGCCCUGCUCCACCCUCGUCCCCCCUGGUCCUCCAUUUUUUCCCCAAGAAUUAAAAACCUUCCAUUCAUUGCAUUUUCAUCCCUUAUCAAAAUGAAAAGUAACAAAUGUCAUCAAGGCAAAGGGUGGCUAUUUGAAGAAUCUCAAAUAUAAAAUAUAUUUUGAUUUGUUUAACACUUUUUUGGUUACUACAUGAUUCCAUAUGUGUUAUGUCAUAGUUUUGAUGUCUGCACUAUUAUUAUACAAAGUAGAAAAUAGUAAAAAUAAAAAAUAAACCUUGAAUGAGUAGGUGUUCUAAAACUUUUCACCGGUAGUGUAUGUGUUUAGUAUAUACAGUGGGGAAAAAAAGUAUUUAGUCAGCCACCAAUUGUGCAAGUUCUCCCACUUAAAAAGAUGAGAGAGGCCUGUAAUUUUCAUCAUAGGUACACGUCAACUAUGACAGACAAAAUGAGAAAAAAAAAUCCAGAAAAUCACAUUGUAGGAUUUUUAAUGAAUUUAUUUGCAAAUUAUGGUGGAAAAUAAGUAUUUGGUCAAUAACAAAAGUUUCUCAAUACUUUGUUAUAUACCCUUUGUUGGCAAUGACACAGGUCAAACGUUUUCUGUAAGUCUUCACAAGGUUUUCACACACUGUUGCUGGUAUUUUGGCCCAUUCCUCCAUGCAGAUCUCCUCUAGAGCAGUGAUGUUUUGGGGCUGUCGCUGGGCAACACAGACUUUCAACUCCCUCCAAAGAUUUUCUAUGGGGUUGAGAUCUGGAGACUGGCUAGGCCACUCCAUGACCUUGAAAUGCUUCUUACGAAGCCACUCCUUCGUUGCCCGGGCGAUGUGUUUGGGAUCAUUGUCAUGCUGAAAGACCCAGCCACGUUUCAUCUUCAAUGCCCUUGCUGAUGGAAGGAGGUUUUCACUCAAAAUCUCACGAUACAUGGCCCCAUUCAUUCUUUCCUUUACACGGAUCAGUCGUCCUGGUCCCUUUGCAGAAAAACAGCCCCAAAGCAUGAUGCUUCCACCCCCAUGCUUCACAGUAGGUAUGGUGUUCAUUGGAUGCAACUCAGCAUUCUUUGUCCUCCAAACAUGACGAGUUGAGUUUUUACCAAAAAGUUAUAUUUUGGUUUCAUCUGACCAUAUAACAUUUUCCCAAUCCUCUUCUGGAUCAUCCAAAUGCACUCUAGCAAACUUCAGACGGGCCUGGACAUGUACUGGCUUAAGCAGGGGGACACGUCUGGCACUGCAGGAUUUGAGUCCCUGGCGGCGUAGUGUGUUACUGAUGGUAGGCUUUGUUACUUUGGUCCCAGCUCUCUGCAGGUCAUUCACUAGGUCCCCCCGUGUGGUUCUGGGAUUUUUGCUCACCGUUCUUGUGAUCAUUUUGACCCCACGGGGUGAGAUCUUGCGUGGAGCCCCAGAUCGAGGGAGAUUAUCAGUGGUCUUGUAUGACUUCCAUUUCCUAAUAAUUGCUCCCACAGUUGAUUUCUUCAAACGAAGCUGCUUACCUAUUGCAGAUUCUGUCUUCCCAGCCUGGUGCAGGUCUACAAUUUUGUUUCUGGUGUCCUUUGACAGCUCUUUGGUCUUGGCCAUAGUGGAGUUUGGAGUGUGACUGUUUGAGGUUGUGGACAGGUGUCUUUUAUACUGAUAACAAGUUCAAACAGGUGCCAUUAUUACAGGUAACGAGUGGAGGACAGAGGAGCCUCUUAAAGAAGAAGUUACAGGUCUGUGAGAGCCAGAAAUCUUGCUUGUUUGUAGGUGACCAAAUAUUUAUUUUCCACCUUAAUUUGCAAAUAAAUUCAUAAAAAAUCCUACAAUGUGAUUUUCUGGAUUUUUUUUCCUCAAUUUGUCUGUCGUAGUUGACGUGUACCUAUGAUGAAAAUUACAGGCCUCUCUCAUCUUUUUAAGUGGGAGAACUUGCACAAUUGGUGGCUGACUAAAUACUUUUUUCCCCCACUGUAUAUUGUCCCAUACAAUAAUUGGUUCUCUUCAUUUUUUGUUCCUAAAAAUGUUAACCCCUACUUUGAAUUCAGCUGGCCUACAGCAUGGUCAAGUCAAUUCAUGAUUUGGAUAGUUUACUAUACAUCUACUGAUUUAGAACCUACUUGUAGACUAGAUGAACCCCAAUGCCAUCCUCUCUGUCAUGUUGGCAAAACGGUCUAUGACUGUCAUACAGUAGUAAACACUUUUAGUUGUUGUUGUCCUAGACUAGGCUACCUGGCUAAAAUGCUUGCUAGCCUAACUUUCUCGCAUGGGCAACAAUUAACCAGCUAAGUUAGCUAGCUAGCUAGCUAGUUAACAUGAACCUAUUACAUCUAGGCCACAUAUUGAACUUCAAUCGUCUCAAGCCAGUGGCACAAUGUUUGAGUUUAUGGUUAGAUCAGAAUCUACCAGUGGUGGAAAAAGUACCCAAUUUUCAUACUUCAGUAAAAGUAAAGAUACCUUAAUAGAAAAUGACUUAAGUGAAAGUCACCCAGUAAAAUACUACCUGAGUAAAAGUCAAAAAGUAUUUGGUUUUAAAUAUACUUAAGUAUCUAAAGUAAAUGUAAUUGCUAAAAUAUACUUAAGUAUCAAAAGUAAAAGUACAAAUAAUUUCAAAUUCCUUAUAUUAAGCAAACCAGAUGGCACGAUUCUUAUUUUAUUUUGUAUUUACUGAUAGCCGGCACACUCCAACACUCAGACAUAAUUUAUAAACGAAGCAUUUGUGUUUAGUGAGUCCACCAGAUCAGAGGCAGUAGGGAUGACCAGGGAUGUUCUCUUGAUAAGUGUGUGAAUUUGACAAUUUUCCUGUCCUGGUAAGCAUUCAAAAUGUAACAAGUACUUUUGAUUGUCAGGGAAAAUGUAUGGAGUAAAAAGUACAUCAUUUUCUUUAGUAAUGUAGUGAAGUAAAAGUUGUAAAAAAUAUAAAUAGUUAAGUACAGAUACCCCAAAAAACUACUUAAGUAGUACUUUAAAGUAUUUUUACCUAAGUACUUUACACCACUGGAAUCUACGUUAUAAUAAUUUGCCUGUAUCAUUGGUCAAAUUAAUGUGGAAACCUUGCUUUCCUUGGCAUCCAUGAAUACACUCCACUGCUGAGAAUAAUACAACCAGUGGAUGGAUGAGUACCUUUCUGAUUCUAUCUGAUUAUGCUAACUGUAACUGUUUUAUGAUUGUUAUUGGAGUGAGGUAAUGGGAACAUGAAUUAGAAUAGAGCUCCUGUGGAGAAAGAGUGUAUUCAGCUGCCAGUGGAUAGAUGGAUCAAAUGAAUAGAUAGAUGAACAAAUAAAAGGAGAGAUGGAACCUCCAGGGAGGAUACAUUGUUUCCAUACAGUCUAAAGAUUCUACAUUAAACAACAUCUACUUGGAUCCUGCUUCUGUUACUAAGACCAUGCUCUAUGCCUCUGCUUGUUACCAGUGUUGAAUGGUCAGUACUUGAUGUUAGUCUCUGUCUUGUUCUCUGUGUGUCUUGUUUUCAGAUGCUGACUAACGGGGAUGUAGUGGUAGUGGAGGGGACCAACGGAGAAACACCUGAGAAGGUCAGUCCUCCCCAACAUACACCACUAUACAGUACGCACACAAUACUGAACACCACAGGCAGCUGGUGGCACCUUAAUUGGGGAGGACAGCACAUAGUAAUGGCUGGAACGGAAUAAAUGGUAUGGUAUCAAACAUAUCAAACACAUGGUUUCCAUAUGUAUGAUACCAUUCCAUCCAUUCCAAUCCAGCCAUUAUUAUGAGCUGUCCUCCCCUCUCCAGCCUCCUGUACACACACACACACACACACACACACACACACACACACACACACACACACACACACACACACACACACACACACACACACACACACACACACACACACACACACACACACACUCACUCACAUGCAAUCAACAUCUCUGUACCCUCUUCUUGAGUGAUUUUAUUGACCCAGCCAGCCAGUGUGAGGAGACGUCAGCGUCUGAUGACGUCUUCAGAGCAGGGGGUAGGCCUAUGCAUUAAGGGUGGGGGGGUAUAGGGCGGCAGGUAGCUUAGUGGUUAAGAGCGUUGUGCCAGUAACCGAAAGGUCGCUGGUUCUAAUCCCCGAACCGACUAGGUGAAAAAUCUGUCGAUGUGCCCUUGAGCAAGGCACUUAACCCUAAUUGCUCCUGUAAGUCGCUCUGGAUAAGAGCGUCUGCUAAAUGACUAAUUAUUAUUAUUAUUUAUUAUUAUAUGGGGGGUAAGUAAAUUGGUGUUUGUUGAGGGGUUAUGGUUUGUAGUGGGUUACUGUGUAUGUCCCUUGUGCCCUGUGAAAGGCAGAGAUGGACUGGUGAAGAGAGGAGAGGAGAAGGAGAAGGAGAGGGGGGAAUCCCAAUGGAGUAAAACCAGUAGCACCAGCCACUCUCCUCUCUCUCAUAAAAAUAACACCACCCCAAUGAGUGCACACACAUAUCAGCUCCCAUUGCGUUUGUGUGUCUAUAAGGACCAACACUGUGUUGUGUGUGUGUGUGUCUGUAGGUAGUGAACGGCUGUGCGACCACUCUGUACCGCAGCAGAGACAGGAGGAGUGAAGCAGCAAUGAGAGGACCCCUCACAUCAGAGAGGGAGGCUCUGCUACUGGGUAACAUCAUCUACUAUCUAUAACAUACAGUACAUAUACAGCUUAUGUAUACUACAAAGCAUAAUAUUAUCUGGAUUGUCAAAUUAUCGCCUGUAACUGGGAGUGUUUUAAUGGUUGGGGUUAGACAUGUUAUAAUUGUAAGUAAUGGCCUAUUUAUUGCCUUAUCUCCAUAUAUUAUUACAUUUCCACACACUGUAUAUAGAUUUUCUAUUGUGUUAUUGACUGUAUGUUUUGUUUAUUCCAUAUGUAACUCUGUGUUGUUGUUGUUUUUUCAGCACUGCUUUGCUUUAUCUUGGCCAGGUCGCAGUUGUAAAUGAGAACUUGUUCUCAACUGGCUUACCAGGUUAAAUAAAGGUUAAAUAAAAAUAAAUAAAAAAUGUUGGAGGGGGGCCAGUUGUUAAUGGGGUGAAACAGUCUUGAAACAGCCCAAGCCUGUCUGUCCAGCCUGGUCUCAGAGCAAAACAUAUUAUAUUUUAUUAAAAUCCAUGCCAUUCCAUUUAGUAUAUGUUACUUUACGUUAGGUUACAUUACAUUGGCCUACUUAAAUCUGGGACACUUAAAUAGGUAUGAUAUGUUAAAUUUGGUAUGACAGGAGGUUAAUUAAGGCAAAAAUAAAAGGAGGGUGGUUGGUCGGGCGUAUAAUGUGAACAUCUAGUAACCCAAAGGUUGCGUGUUCAAAUCUCAUUACGGACAACUUUAGCAUUUUAGCUAAUUAGAAACUUUGCAACUGCUUACUACUUUUUAGCUACUUUGCAACUACUUAGCAUGUUCGCUUCCCCUUCCCCUAACCCUAACCCUAACCUUAACCCUUCAACCUAACUCCUAACCCUAACCUUAACCCUAACCUUAACUCCUAACCUAACAAAAGUAUGUGGGCAACCCUUCAAAUGAGUGGAUUUGAGCACACAGCCAUGCAAUCUCCAUAGACAAACAUUGGCAGUAGAAUGGCCUUGCUGAAGAGCUCAGUGACUUUCAACGUGGCACCGUCAUAGGAUGCCACCUUUCCAGCAAAGUUUGUCAAAUUUCUGCCCUGCUAGAGCUGCCCCGGUCAACUGUAAGUGCUGUUAUUGUGAAGUGGAAAAAUCUAGGAGCAACAACGGCUCAGCCGCGAAGUGGUAGGCCACACAAUCUCACAGAACGGGACCACCGAGUGCUAAAGCGCGUGAUGAAUCACGCUUCACAAUCUAGCAGUCUGACGGAUUAAUCUGGGUUUGGCGGAUGCAAGGAGAACGCUACCUGCCCCAAUGUAUAGUGCCAACUGUAAAGUUUGGUGGACGAGGAAUAAUGGUCUGGGGCUGUUUUUCAUGGUUCGGGCUAGGCCCCUUAGUUCCAGUGAAGGGAAAUCUUAACGCUAUAGCAUACAAUGACAUUCUAGAUGAUUCUGUGCUUCCAAACUUUGUGGCAACAGUUUGGGGAAGGCCCUUUCCUGUUUCAGCAUGACAAUGCCCCCGUGCACAAAGCGAGGUAUAUACAGAAAUGGUUUGUCGAGAUCGGUGUGGAAGAACUGGACUGGCCUGGACAGAGCCCUCACCUCAACCCCAUUGAACACCUUUGGGAUGAAUUGGAAUGCCGACUGCGAGCCAGGCCUAAUUGCCCAACAUCAGUGGCCGACCUCACUAAUGCUCUUGUGGCUGAAUGGAAGCAAGUCCCUGCAGCAAUGUUCCAACAUCUAGUGGAAAGCCUUCCCAGAAGAGUGGAGGAUGUUAUAGCUGCAAAGGGGGGACCAACUCCAUAUUAAUGCCCAUGAUUUUGGAAUGAGAUAUUCGACGAGCAUACUUUUGGUCAUGUAGUGUAUCAUACUACAUGGAGUGGCACGGAUUUUGUAAAAUGUAGUAUUUUUUGCUCUGAGACCAGUUAGGUCUGUCAUGUUCUUGGAUGAAGAACCAAAGGACUGGGUGGAGGGGGGCUCAGGGGAGAGGUAAUGUGUGUCUGGUUGCCAAGCAGUACUCACUGGCCCUGGCCACACACACAUCGACUUAUCCCCACCGAACAUAGGCACAUGCAAACACACGCAUGCAUGCACGCACAUACACCCACACACACAUUAUCUCUCCCAGCUGCACACGGCAGUGCUGGGGUUGUGUUCACACACAGAAACACACUUCAUCGCAGGGCGCCGGGGACACUGAGAUAGACGAGGACGCCGUCAGCCAGAACAGAAGAAAAUACAAACCGGUUCCAGGCGAGAGGAGAGAAAGUUACUGACUGUAGAACACAAAUUGCCUAAUUCUCCCGUGGCUGUUCUCCCCCUCUCCCUCUAUCCUCCCCCUCUACCUCUCCCUCUCUCCUCCCCCUCUCCCUCUCUCAUCCCCCUCUCCCUCUAUCCUCCCCCUCUACCUCUCCCUCUCUCCUCCCUCUCUCCCUCUCUCCUCCCCCUCUCCCUCUCCCUCUCUCCUCCCCCUCUCCCUUUCUCAUCCCCCUCUCCCUCUAUCCUCCCCCCUCUACCUCUCCCUCUCUCCUCCCUCUCUCCCUAUCUCCUCCCCCUCUCCCUCUCUCCUCCCCCUCUCCCUCUCCCUCUCUCCUCCCCCUCUCCCUCUCUCCUCCCCCUCUCCCUCUCUCCUCCCCCUCUACCUCUCCUCCAUUUCAGCUCCCAGAAAUAUAGUUUCAUCACAAAAAGAAAGCAGCUUCUAUUCUGAUUCUGACUGGAGUCAUUUUAUCAGCCUGCUUUCCUUUUGUUUCCGUUCGCUGACUGAAUCUCCUGUAGGCACAAGCACAAAAUAGUUCUGUGCCAAUUCUCAGAUUAGCAGCUGGAAAGCGGAGCUCCUUUUGGUGCUGCAGGGAGGUGAAAGCAGCCUGCUUGGUGUAAAACAAAGCCAGAAGCCGGUUGGAGCAGAGGAGAGCAGAGAGAGAGCAGAGGAGAAGAGAAGAGAGGAGAGGAGAGAGGAGUAGGCAGAUGCACAUUUAUUUAUUUUAACACAGCCCACAGAAAGCCAACAUGAAGGAGAGGAGAGGCAGAGCUCUCUAUCUCCUUGCCAGCCAGCCACCCUGCCUGCUUCCCAGCCUGCCGCAGCCAGUGGGGGCUAGUGGGGAGGAGCUAUAGGAGGACGGGCUCAUUGUAAUGGCUGGAAUAGAAUUAAUGGAACGGAGUCAAACAUGUGGCUACCAUACGUUUGAUGUGUUUGAUACAUUUACAUUACAUUUUAGUCAUUUAGCAGACGCUCUUAUCCAGAGUGCAUACAUAAUUUUUCAUACUGGCCCCCCGUGGGAAUCGAACCCACAACCCUGCCGUUGCAAACGCCAUGCUCUACCAACUGAGCUACAUCCCUGCCGGCCAUUCCCUCCCCUACCCUGGACGACGCUGGGCCAAUUGUGCGCCGCCCUGAUACUGUUCCAUUUAUUCUAUUCCAGCCAUUACAAUGAGCCCAUCCUCCUAUAGCUCCUCCCACCAGCCUCCUCUGACCGCAGCCACCACAGCUUCUGGGCUUUAAAUUUUUCUGUAGGGGACACACACCUUUACACACACGCAAACACAUACAGACACGCAUCCACAUUCAUGGACACACACAACAACACGUCCACAACACGUAUAGAAGUGAACGCACACACACGUGAACACAGACACUCAAGCACACACAUGCACACACUAAGACCCCCCACACAAUCACACCCUCCCUUCCCCCUUUCUGCAGUGUGGUGGUUCCGUGUGAGUGGUGGUAGCUGAGGAGAGUAAAUUAGUCCUGUCUGUAAUGGGCAAUGUUCCAUCAUAUAAAUCAGGGGAAUAAAUAUUGGCUCAGGGUUCCCAGGGGACCGCACUAUAUUCUCUCCCCCUGAGUUGAAGUGCUACAUCUGCAGGACCUCUCACAAGUAAUCAACUCAAGUGUUGUUUCUGCUCGGACCAGCGUUCUUUAUGGCGGCGUGGGAUGCAUUUAUUGCACGGCACGUUGGCAAGAUGCAGAUUGCAGCUCUGCUGGAGAGCUGGAGUUGAACAGCCUGUUCUUUCUCUUCCCUCUCUCUGUGUUCUCUCUCUCUCUCUCUCUCUCUCUCUCUCUCUCUCUCUCUCUCUCUCUCUCUCUCUCUCUCUCUCUCUCUCUCUCUCUCUCUCUCUAUAUAUAUAUCUUUCUAUAUCUCUUUCUAUCUCAAUGUUUCUCUCUCUCUCUUCUCUAUCUCUCAUCUCUCUCAAUCUCUCCCUGUGUCUCUGCAGGCAUCAUAUCUACCUUCCUCCAUGUCCAUCCGUUCGGAGCCAACAUCGACUAUCUGUGGUCCUACAUCCAGAGACUGGACACUACGGUCAGUUUAUUUACAUGAAAUAGUCACUAAAAUAGAGAAAGGGAAAAAAGCUGGGGGGGAAACUGAAAUGGGCUUCUGAAAUCUCAUCUAAUUGUGACACAAAUAGGAAAGACCCGUUAGGUGAUGUCACCUGUCCCCAUCCCUCUCCCGUCCAGGUGUCAGCGGGGGAGUUGGAGUCUCUGAUGGGUCGUCUGCCCAGUGUCUUCAGACAGGAGCUGAGUGGAGUGGGAGCCACGCUGGAGAAACGCUGGAAGUUCUGUGGCUUCCAGAGCCUCGCCUCCAUGUGACACAGGGACACACACACAUCAUAUGACCCAAGACACACACACGGCCUGACAGACCACAUGUGGGACAGGAAUAUACACACUUCCUGACGAGCCGCAAAGCCUGGUGGACACAUGAAUAGAAGGCGUGUCAAACCCACAGACUGUGUUUGAAUGGUGUGUGUGUUUGUUGUGUAUCCACAGACAUCCACAGUACAUAGUGAUGAUACUCAAACACAAAACAGACAUUGAUGGAUCUUUCCGAGAUAUAUCUUUGCAAGGGAUCUGCUGACAAUGAGGUAGAGGGAUCCACAUGGAUCUCCACUCUACGCUGUAUAACAAGAUCCACGGAUGUCAGCCAAGGGGGUCACAGAGCAGACAUUCUCUAUGGUAACGUAGUGACCAGACCCCAGCCAACAGAACCUGAACAGAUGGUUCUUAGUUACAACAUCUCUCUCUCAUGGACUGGAGUUGUUUGAGAUGCCUAUUUCUCUGUUCCCUCUCUUUCUCUGUUCUCUCUCUCUCUCCCACUAGGCUGGGAGGGAUCCAGGAAUAUCGGACUGCAGCAAUCGAAAUAUGGAUGGGAAUGGGGAACAUUUGAGAAUUGGGGAAUGGGCGUGGGGGAGUACAGGACAGAUUUAUAACUGUAACCCUUGUAACCCAGUUUCACACUCCAACAGGAUUGCAGUGUUAGCCAGCCUCUCUCUCUCUCUCUCUCUCGCUCUCUCUCUCUCUCUCUCUCUCUCUCGCUCGCUCGCUCUCCGUCUGUCUGUGGCCCAGAACUGACUUUAGUAGCCUACUGAUGACUGGUGCUGAUACUGUUGGGUUGGGACUGUACUGUAGGCCUCCAUCUCCAUCUCUGGAUGUCUCUCUCUGCUCUGGCCUUCUGUGUCCAGUGUGUGCUGUGCAUUCUGCCACUGUUUAACUGGUAUCUACUCAUUUAAAUUAUGAUGUUUUCUAAUGUAAUAAAAGGUUUUUAUCCAAACAUCUUCUGAUCAAUAUAAAACAUUUUCGAUUCAAGAAGCUUUAUCGGCAUGACAAGCAACUAAAUUCACAGACUGGUAAUGGCAAGACAGGGCUGUUAAUGGCAAAAGAUCCAAGCUUGUGCAUAGAUCUGAAAUCCUGUAUGUUUUGGUUUAAUGUUUGUGAUCCAGAUAGUGAGCUGAUAUUCCAUGUUGGAUGAUGUGCUGCAUCUCCCUGAUGAGGGAGGAUUUAAGAAUGUAUUAAUACUGGAUGAGGAGAGAGAGAGAGAGAGAACGAACAGAACAGUGUCUGUGGGUUUAAUAUGUACUCCUCUCUCCUUCUCUCCCGGUACUUUCUCCGCUCCUCUUGCUUCUGAUCAUGUGCUGGUACGCUCUAUGGGCCCGAUUCCGAAAUUACGCCUUUCUUACGCACGCCUUUCCUAUGCACUUCUCAGUAGCUGGUAUUCCAUAAUGAUUCAAAUAGGCUACAUGUCCCGACUUAGUGCCUAAUAUGAUCCACUAAUGCUAGCAACCCUCAGGAACAACUUACAUGGACGUGACAGAGGAAAGAAAGGUAAACGGAAUGGAAUGAUGCAAAAUGGAAGCUAAAAUUGAAGAAAACUAACACUAAAAUGACAGUUAUAAAUGUAUGUGGAUAUUACUAACGGUGGCUCCCGAUGGUGGCUAAUAUUUAACAUGAUACAAAUUGUAAAAUAAAACUAAGAAAAGCUCGGGCAUAGGCUAUAAUUAAAACAUUCUAAAGUACAUACAUCAAAAGCACCACACACACACACACACACACACACACACACACACACACACACACACACACACACACACACACACACACACACACACACACACAAUACAUGUACACCCCGUAUUGCUUUGUCUGAUGCAACAGCAAGGUAAGCAGGGGAGUCUAUGGGAGGAUCUGGCCCUGUCUGCUCUGCACUAACCCCUUUCUGCUCUCUCAUGGACAGAUGAUUGCUGUCACCAUGGAGAGCAGUAUGAAGGGUCAUAGGCCUGUCAUAUGCCUGUCAAAGACCUGUCAUAAGCAGCCAUAGUGGAUGGAGAGACCAGACCACUGCAGCCAACUGUACCACUCAGACCCAUGUAAUGCAUAUACGGCUCUGGUUCCACUGCUCUUUUCAUUCUAUUAAUCCUCCUAUCCACAAAGAGAUCAGCUGGCCAGAUGUGAUUGGAUUGGAGUGUAGUCCAUUUCAGAGAUGUAUAUUUAAUCCCUGAUUGAUGCUUUGCCGUGGAGCCAAGGCUUUGCUGAGUUUUCCCUCCAUCCCUCCAUCCCACAGCUCUGCUCUCCAUAUGAUUCCACUUUAGACAAACUCUCUCAUCUGCCUCAGGAUUUAAGCACACACAUUCAGGAUGUCCAGCUGGAGAAACACAUCAAUUAAGGGAUCACAUAAUUCCUCAUCUUUACUCUGUUUACUGAUUUUAUUUUUUGUCCAUGGUGAAAUAUUAUGAAAUAUCAAAUGUUUCCUUACCAUGCAAUUCGACCAGGAAACACUACUAACCCUACAAUUAAUCUGUAAAUACAGAUCUACACUGAAUGAUGUCUUGAUACAGUCAUAUUUGCAGAUUCGGCCUUUUCCACUAUUCUAUAUACAUUUAAUUAAUUCGAUUUUUAAUUAAUCUACACAUUAUCAUUCAACAAUGACAUAAUUACUCUUAUCAGGAAUGCUUGAUUGUCUAGACAUGCCCUUGAUGUCUUUGGAAUAUUAAUUCUUAAAAUUAUCAUAAUAAGAUUCUCUUUUCCAGUUUUCGAUUUCAGACGUUGACUAUAAAUGCGUUCAAUCUCAAAAGUAAUUGUUUACAUUAAUUGAUUAAUUUAACAGUAAAUCUAUGUGACUAACAUUAUUGUUGUCAUUUAAGCAUGAAUGGUAGUUACAGUUUUCAGAAAUGUGACUAAAUUAGCCACAUCUAGAUAAGCAACAAUAGAGUUCUGACAACCGCCCUGUACCACAGUCUUGUUUUAGGCUGAGGGUUUGGCUAAGGAAGAUACAUACACAUGACAGUUCCCUAUCCUCUGGGCCCGGCUGGAACAGAAAAAUAAUCACUUCCAUGAGGGAUACACACAGUGAUUUGCUAUUUUUACGCUCCUAAAUCGUGAACAGGAAUAAUCACAGAGCUCAAGCCGAUGCUGUAAGGCAGCAAACCACAGCGAACUCUGCUGAAAUGGCACACACAGUUCAUUACACAGUACAGUAUUCACAGUAUUCAUAUUAAUGUGUAAUUUGCUUAUGGGAGGCCAAGACAGUUUGUUUAUGUCGCCCCUGUGUUUGUACACAGAUAGCAUGCAGUAGUGGGCCAUCAUGCAUGUGCUUACUCUCCCUUCCUCCAUCCGGGAGUGUAGGGCCAUGCCUGGGAGAUGCUGAUGGUUGCAGAAGGACGAAUAACCAAUGGACUGGGGCAAACACAACCCAAUGUUUACACAAGCUGACAUCGGGCCUGUGAUGGCUUCCUAUUCUAGAAAAUCAAAUCAAAUCAAAUGUUGUUUGCCACAUGCGCUGAAUAGAACAGGUGUAGACCUUACAGUGAAAUGCUUACUUACAAGCCCUUAACCAACAAUGCAGUUUUAAGGAAAAUAAGUAAAAAAUAGAUAAGUAAAAAAUACAACAACAAAAAUAAUUAAAGAGCAGCAGUAAAAUAAAAUAACAGUAGCUAGGCUAUAUACAGGGGGUACCGGUACAGAGUCAAUGUGCGGGGGCACAGGUUAGUCAAGGUAAUUGAGGUAAUAUGUACAUGUGGGUAGAGUUAAAGUGACUAUGCAUAGAUAAUAAACAGAGAGUAGCAGCAGCGUAAAAGAGGGGGUGGGAUGGGGUGGGGUGACAAUGCAAAUAGUCUGGGUAGCCAUGAUUAGCUGUUCAGGAGUCUUAUGGCUUGGGGGUAGAAGCUGUUAAGAAGCCUUUUGGACCUAGACUUGGCGCUCUGGUACCGCUUGCCAUGCGGUAGCAGAGAGAACAGUCUAUGACUAGGGUGGCUGGAGUCUUUGACAAAUUUUAGGGCCUUCCUCUGACACCGCCUGGUAUAGAGGUCCUGGAUGGCAGGAAGCUUGGCCCCAAUGAUGUACUGGGCCGUAUGCACCACCAUUUGUAGUGCCUUGCGGUCGGAGGCCGAGCAGUUGCCAUACCAGGCAGUGAUGCAACCAGUCAGGAUGCUCUCGAUGGUGCAGCUGUAGAACUUUUUGAGGAUCUGAGGACCCAUGCCAAAUCUUUUCAGUCUCCUGAGGGGGAAUAUGGUUUGUCGUGCCCUCUUCACGACUGUCUUGGUGUGUUUGGACCAUGAUAGUUUGUUGGUGAUGUGGACACCAAGGAACUUGAAGCUCUCAACCUGUUCCACGACAGCCCCAUCGAUGUAAAGCCUAAUUUAGAAUCCCCAUCCUUCUCUUCUUGCCUUCCCCCUGUCUCUCUCUCUCUCAUUCUGUCCCUCUCUCUCUCUUUCUCACUUUCUGUUGUACUCUCUCUCUUCCUUUCUCUCCUUCUCCAAUUCUCUCUCUCUCUCUGCCAAUUCUGUCUGUUUUGUUCUAUGUGUGUGUGACAUCACCAGCUAGCUGCUAGCAGAUACAGAGGUCGUAUAGUUUAGUUGUCUGCUGGGAGCUGUGAACAUGUAUAUUGUCUGGGACAGUAAUGAGAUCCAGGAGAGUCUCAAUAGUCUGGAGUAGCUUACUAUACUCAUCUCCUUUCAUCGUGUCAAGUUAGCUUCUCGUCUCCUUUCCUUCAUAUGCUAGGAUCUGAAAACCCAGGAUAGGUGGAGUGGAGGCAAUAUGGUGGAAACCCAUACAUUCGAUCAUCUGUAUCAGUCGACAUGAUACAAAGGAGAAGACAAGAGGAAACAAUAUCAUUUGAAAUAGUUUGGGAAGUGUCUGGGGACAUUGAGGAAAUCCUACAUUUACAUAAUGUAAGAUUUACACAACAGAUCAAACAUUUGAUUUAUGCACUUGUAUUGUAUCUCCAGUUAUGAUUGUGCCCAUACGACAGUAACAAGUAAACAAAGAGAAUUGAUUUACGUAUGAUAAUAGACAACAGCUGCAGUACUGUGUCAUUGUGACCUUCAAUGACAUGCCGUUUAUUUACAGUCAUUUCUACAAUGCAAAUAAACAUUUCAGAGAGAGAGAGAGUUGCAGACUGUCAGUUAGGCUGCCAACAUGUAUGCCUCUGGGUCAAGAAAUCUGUCGCUGCUUCUCUCAGCUCAGAGGUCUGUCUGUCUGUCUGUCUGUCUGUCUGCCUGCCUGCCUGCCUGCCUGCUUGUGUGUGCGCGUGCAUGCGCUCCUGUGUCUGCCUGCUUAUGUCGGUGUGUGUAUAAAUGAGGGCUCCAUCUAUAAAUAUCAGUAGUGUUAGCAGCCGAGGGAGUGCAGACAGCAGCAGCAUUAGCCAGGCAACAUGUUCUAAAUGCGUCUGUUGACAGCAUUAAUUAGCCAUGGGCCUUUGUGUGUCUUUGUUUACAGCGAUGAAGCGUUUCACAUUCCACCUGUUUCAAAGCUUCUAAUGUCAUGCCUCUUUAAUGAGGCCUCACUGCAUGUGUCUGGAAUUAUCCUUGCCUAGGAGCCAUUGCUAUGAGUAAUGGCCUUAUUGUGAUGUUGCCGUUUGUACCAGGAAAUACUGAGGGAUGGAGGUCUUUCACUCAGGUCUGCCUCUCUUACAUCCCAACACAUUAUCAUAUGAAUGACAAUGACCUAUGGAUUUUGUUGUGCCCACCUGAAUGAGCCAUUGGUUGCAGCAGCUGUUCUGUCAUCUCUCUCUAACUCCCUAUCUGGUUCUCAUCAGAUCAACAUCCUGAUGUCAAACACACCGACCUCACCAAAAUGGCUGCCAGCCCCCUGUGACCUCUCCAACAUGGCUUCCAGCCCCCUGUGACCUCUCCAACAUGGCUGCCGUUCCAGCCAUAUCUCUGCCAGACAGAUGCUCUGCUGCGUCCAGCCCUGGAGCAGACAUCCUGAGGGCUGAUUUUGUAACUUCUCUGGCUGGCCUACAUCUGAACAUAACCUCUAGUCCUCCUGUGUGUCUGACAGCACAGCUGCAGGAGGUGAGGAAUCCUUUAAGAUCUGAGAGGUGAGGACUGACAGGUAGAGGAGAGAUUUUAGUUUAGUUUAGUGUCAAAAGAUGAGGGGAUGAGAAGAGGAGAUGCAGCAGUAGCCUGUGUGUCUGUGUGUGUGUGUGUGUGUGUGUGUGACUGACAUUGAACCAGUAUCAUCUAUGCGCCACAACACUGAGUUAGCCCACUGAGUUAAAACCAAAACUAUGUUUAGCAUUAACUCUGUUUUUUACACAUUAUGUGCUAAUCUUUGAAAUGCUGUCUCAAUGCAAUUAUUGGCACCACGAAUGAACCUGUCAAAUGAUCUCAUAGAUGGCAGAUCAAGAGUGGUUAAACUCAAAUAUACUAAUUGAUAAAAUAACUUUUUUUUUCUUACAAAAUGUUUAAAAAAGGUAUAAUCUUCGUAAAUGAUAUUAUCGGUAGGACUGGUGGAGUUAUGCAUACUGCAUUAGCAUCGAACAGCCCCCGCGAUAUGCAACUUUUCAGGGAAGUCAGGAACCAAUACACAAUUAGUUAGGAAAGCAAAGGCUAGCUUUUUCAAACAGAAAUUUGCAUCCUGUAGCACUAACUCCAAAAAGUUUUGGGACACUGUAAAGUCCAUGGAGAAUAAACGCACCUCCUCCCAGCUACCCACUGCACUGAGGCUAGGAAACACUGUCACCACCGAUAAAACUACGAUAAUCGAGAAUUUCAAUAAGCAUUUUGCUACGGCUGGCCAUGCUUUCCACCUGGCUACCCCUACCCCGGCCACCAGCUCUGCACCCUCCGCUGCAACUUGCCCAUGCCCCCCCCGCUUCUCCUUCACCCAAAUUCAGAUAGCUGAUGUCCUGAAAGAGCUGCAAAAUCUGGACCCCUACAAAUCAGCUGGGCUAGACAGUCUGGACUCUUUCUUUCUAAAAUUAGCCGCCGAAAUUGUCGCAACCCCUAUUACUAGCCUGUUCAACCUCUCUUUCGUAUCGUCUGAGAUCCCCAGAGAUUGGAAAGCUGCCGCGGUCAUCCCCCUCUUCAAAGGGGGUGACACUCUAGAUCAAAACUGUUACAGACCUAUAUCCAUCCUACCCUGCCUUUCGAAAGUAUUUGAAAGCCAAGUUAACAAACAGAUCACUGACCACUUCGAAUCCCACCGUACCUUCUCCACUAUGCAAUCUGGUUUCCGAGCUGGUCAUGGGUGCACCUCAGCUACGCUCAAGGUCCUAAACGAUAUAAUAACCGCGAUUGAUAAAAGACAGUACUGUGCAGCCGUCUUCAUCGACCUGGCCAAGGCUUUUGACUCUGUCAAUCACCGCAUUCUUAUUGGCAAACUAAAUAGCCUUGGUUUCUCAACUGACUGCCUCGCCUGGUUCACCAACUACUUUUCAGAUAGAGUUCAAUGUGUCAAAUCGGAGGGCCUGUUGUCUGAACCUCUGGCAGUCUCUAUGGGGGUGCCACAGGGUUCAAUUCUCGGGCCGACUCUAUUCUCUGUGUAUAUCAAUGAUGUCGCUCUUGCUGCUGGUGACUCUCAGAUCCACCUCUAUGCGGACGACACCAUUUUGUAUACAUCUGGCCCUUCAUUGGACACUGUGUUAACAAACCUCCAAACGAGCUUCAAUGCCAUACAGCACUCCUUCCGUGGCCUCCAACUGCUCUUAAACGCUAGUAUAACUAAAUGCAUGCUCUUCAAUCGAACACUGCUUGCACCCGCCCGCCCGACUAGAAUCACUACUAUUGUUAUUUACAUUGUUAUUUAUUUUGCUAAUUUGCACCCCAGUAUCUCUAUUUGCACAUCAUCUUCUGCACAUCUAUCACUCCAGUGUUAAUACUAAAUUGUAAUUAUUUUGCACUAUGGCCUAUUUAUUGCCUUACCUCCAUAACUUACUACAUUUGCACACACUGUAUAUAUAUUUUAUAUUUCCUAUUGUGUUAUUGGAUGUACGUUUUUGUUUAUUCCAUAUGUAACUCUGUGUUGUUGUUGUUUUUAUCGCACUGCUUUGCUUUAUCUUGGCCAGGUCGCAGUUGUAAAUGAGAACUUGUUCUCAACUGGCUUACCUGGUUAAAUAAAGGUGAAAUAAAAAAUAAAAAUGAAUUGAUACGCAAAACGAUGCCGGAUUCAAAACUUAGAAUUUUUCAAUUGAAAUUAUUAUAUAAAAUUCUUGCUACCAAUAGAAUGUUAUUUAUAUGGGGGAUACAAUCUUCCCAGCUCUGCAGAUUUUGCUGCGAAGAGACAGAAUCAUUAGAUCAUUUGUUUUGGUACUGUCCAUUUGUAGCUUGUUUUUGGACACAGGUCCAGGAAUGGCUAAAGGAUUGCAAUAUUUACCUGGAGCUAACCCUGCAGAUAGCACUACUGGGUGAUCUGAAAGGUCAUAGUCAAUCGAUCAAUAAUAUAAUAAUACUUUUAGCAAAAAAAAUUAUUUUCAAUUUACGAUCUGUAAAACCAAUGAGAAUAGAUAGGUUCAGAACUUUUGAAUGGAGCUGAAGGAUGGGACUAAUAACAACAACUAAUAAAAACAAGAUAACUAAUUUAAAGCAUACUGUGUCCAUAAUAAGUAUAUAGGUUAUAGGUUGAGAGCUUUUGUGAAAGCGCACAGUUAGAAAAAUAUGGCAUUUAGAAGCAAACCAGAUGGACAUCAUGAAAAUGAUUGGAGGAAGUUCAGGAGUAUAAACAAACAAUAUAUAAUUAUUGUAGAAUUUGACCGUGUCCAUAAAAUGUAUAUAGUAUGUAUGGGCUGGAAGUAGAGGCCUAUGCGUUGUUGUCCACUAGUUUACUCCAAUUGAGGAAGGGGUGGUGGGGUUGGAAAGUAAUGAAGGGAAAUAUAAUUUAAAAAAGGAUAUGUGUGUGUGUAUGGAUGUAUGUAUAUAUGUAUAUAUAUGUGUGUGUAUGUAUGUGUAUAUGUAUAUAUGCAUAUAUAUAUAUAUAUAUAUAUAUAUUGUAUAUACAUACAUACAGUGAGGGAAAAAAGUAUUUGAUCCCCUGCUGAUUUUGUAUGUUUGCCCACUGACAAAGAAAUGAUCAGUCUAUAAUUUUAAUGGUAGGUUUAUUUGAACAGUGAGAGAGAAUAACAACAAAAAAAUCCAGAAAAACGCAUGUCAAAAAUGUUAUAAAUUGAUUUGCAUUUUAAUGAGGGAAAUAAGUAUUUGACCCCCUCUCAAUCAGAAAGAGUUCCGGCUCCCAGGUGUCUUUUAUACAGGUAAUGAGCUGAGAUUAGGAGCACACUCUUAAAGGGAGUGCUCCCAAUCUCAGCUUGUUACCUGUAUAAAAGACACCUGUCCACAGAAGCAAUCAAUCAAUCAGAUUCCAAACUCUCCACCAUGGCCAAGACCAAAGAGCUCUCCAAGGAUGUCAGGGACAAGAUUGUAGACCUACACAAGGCUGGAAUGGGCUACAAGACCAUCACCAAGCAUCUUGGUGAGAAGAUGACAACAGUUGGUGUGAUUAUUCGCAAAUAGAAGAAACACAAAAGAACUGUCAAUCUCCCUCGGCCUGGGGCUCCAUGCAAGAUCUCACCAUGUGGGGUUGCAAUGAUCAUGAGAACGGUGAGGAAUCAGCCCAGAACUACACGGGAGGAUCUUGUCAAUGAUCUCAAGACAGCUGGGACCAUAGUCAACAAGAAAACAAUUGGUAACACACUACGCCGUGAAGGACUGAAAUCCUGCAGCGCCCGCAAGGUCCCCCUGCUCAAGAAAUCACAUAUACAGGCCCGUCUGAAGUUUGCCAAAGAACAUCUGAAUGAUUCAGAGGAGAACUGGGUGAAAGUGUUGUGGUCAGAUGAGACCAAAAUCGAGCUCUUUGGCAUCAACUCAACUCGCCGUGUUUGGAGGAGGAGGAAUGCUGCCUAUGACCCCAAGAACACCAUCCCCACCAUCAAACAUGGAGGUGGAAACAUUAUGUUUUGGGGGUGUUUUUCUGCUAAGGGUACAGGACAACUUCACCGCAUCAAAGGGACGAUGGACGGGGCCAUGUACCGUCAAAUCUUGGAUGAGAACCUCCUUCCCUCAGCCAGGGCAUUGAAAAUGGGUCGUGGAUGGGUAUUCCAGCAUGACAAUGACCCAAAACACAAGGCCAAGGCAACAAAGGAGUGGCUCAAGAAGAAGUACAUUAAGGUCCUGGAGUGGCCUAGCCAGUCUCCAGACCUUAAUCCCAUAGAAAAUCUGUGGAGGGAGCUGAAGGUUCGAGUUGCCAAACGUCAAUCUCGAAACCUUAAUGACUUGGAGAAGAUCUGCAAAGAGGUGUGGGACAAAAUCCCUCCUGAGAUGUGUGCAAACCUGGUGGCCAACUACAAGAAACGUCUGACCUCUGUGAUUGCCAACAAGGGUUUUGCCACCAAGUACUAAGUCAUGUUUUGCAGAGGGGUCAAAUACUUAUUUCCCUCAUUAAAAUGCAAAACAAUUUAUAACAUUUCUGACAUGCGUUUUUCUGGAUUUUUUUGUUGUUAUUCUGUCUCUCACUGUUCAAAUAAACCUACCAUUAAAAUUAUAGAAUUAUCAUUUCUUUGUCAGUGGGCAAACGUACAAAAUCAGCAGGGGAUCAAAUACUUUUUUCCCUCACUGUAUAUAUAUACAGUUGAAGUCGGAAGUUUACAUAAACUUAGGUUGGAGUCAUUAAAACUCGUUUUUCAACCACUCCACAAAUUUCUUGUAAACAAACAAUAGUUUUGGCAAGGUGGUUAGGACAUCUACUUUGUGCAUGACACAAGUCAUUUUUCCAACAAUUGUUUACAGACAGAUUAUUUCACUUAUAAUUCACUGUAUCACAAUUCCAGUGGGUCAGAAGUUUACAUACACUAAGUUGACUGUGCCUUUAAACAGCUUGGAAAAUUCCAGAAAAUGAUGUCAUGGCUUUAGAAGCUUCUGAUAGGCUAAUUGACAUCAUCUGAGUCAAUUGGAGGUGUACCUGUGGAUGUAUUUCAAGGCCUACCUUCAAACUCGGUACCUCUUUACUUGACAUCAUGGGAAAAUCAAAAGAAAUCAGACAAGACCUCCGAAAAAAUUUGUAGAUCUCCACAAGUCUGGUUCAUCCUUGGGAGCAAUUUCCAAACGCCUGAAGGUACCACGUUCAUCUGUACAAACAAUAGUACGCAAGUAUAAACACCAUGGGAUCACGCAGCUGUAAUACCACUCAGGAAGGAGACGCAUUCUGUCUCCUAGAGAUGAACGUACUUUGGUGCGAAAAGUGCCAUUCUAUCAAAGAACAACAGCAAAGGACUUUCUGAAGAUGCUGGCGGAAACAGGUACAAAAGUAUCUAUAUCCACAGUAAAACAAGUCCUAUAUUGACAUAACCUGAAAGGCCGCUCAGUAAGGAAGAAGCCACUGCUCCAAAACCGCCAUAAAAAAGCCAGACUACGGUUUGCAACUGCACAUGGGGACAAAGAUCGUACUUUUUGGAGAAAUGUCCUCUAGUCUGAUGAAAUAAAAAUAGAACUGUUUGGCCAUAAUGACCAUCGUUAUGUUUGGAGGAAAAAGGGGGUUGCUUGCAAGCCAAAGAACACCAUCCCAAACGUGAAGCACGGGGGUGGCAGCAUCAUGCUGUGGGGGUGCUUUGCUGCAGGAGGGACUGGUGCACUUCACAAAAUAGAUGGCAUCAUGAGGAAGGAAAAUUAUGUAGAUAUAUUGAAGGAACAUCUCAAGACAUCAGUCAAGAAGUUAAAGCCUGGUCGCAAAUGGGUCUUCCCAAUGGACAAUGACCCCAAGCAUACUUCCAAAGUUGUGGCAAAAUGGCUUAAGGACAACAAAGUCAAGGUAUUGGAGUGGCCAUCACAAAGCCCUGAUCUCAAUCCUAUAGAAAAUUAGUGGGCAGAACUGAAAAAGCGUGUGCGAGCAAGGAGGCCUACAAACCUGACUCAGUUACACCAGCUCUGUCAGGAGGAAUGGGCCUAAAUUCACCCAACUUAUUGUGGGAAGCUUGUGGAAGGCUACCCGAAACGUUUGACCCAAGUUAAACAAUUUAAAGGCAAUGCUACUAAAUACUAAUUGAGUGUAUGUAAACUUCUAACCCACUGGGAAUGUGAUGAAAGAAAUAAAAGCUGAAAUCAUUGUAGGAUUUUUAAUGAAUUUAUUUCCAAAUUAUGGUGGAAAAUAAGUAUUUGGUCACCUACAAACAAGCAAGAUUUCUGGCUCUCACAGACCUGUAACUUCUUCUUUAAGAGGCUCCUCUGUCCUCCACUCGUUACCUGUAUUAAUGGCACCUGUUUGAACUUGUUAUCAGUAUAAAAGACACCUGUCCACAACCUCAAACAGUCACACUCCAAACUCCACUAUGGCCAAGACCAAAGAGCUGUCAAAGGACACCAGAAACAAAAUUGUAGACCUGCACCAGGCUGGGAAGACAGAAUCUGCAAUAGGUAAGCAGCUUGGUUUGAAGAAAUCAACUGUGGGAGCAAUUAUUAGGAAAUGGAAGACAUACAAGACCACUGAUAAUCUCCCUCGAUCUGGGGCUCCACACAAGAUCUCACCCCGUGGGGUCAAAAUGAUCACAAGAACGGUGAGCAAAAAUCCCAGAACCACACAGGGGGACCUAGUGAAUGACCUGCAGAGAGCUGGGACCAAAGUAACAAAGCCUACCAUCAGUAACACACUACGCCGCCAGGGACUCAAAUCCUGCAGUGCCAAACGUGUCCCCCUGCUUAAGCCAGUACAUGUCCAGGCCCGUCUGAAGUUUGCUAGAGUGCAUUUGGAUGAUCCAGAAGAGGAUUGGGAGAAUGUCAUAUGGUCAGAUGAAACCAAAAUAUAACUUUUUGGUAAAAACUCGUCGUGUUUGGAGGACAAAGAAUGCUGAGUUGCAUCCAAAGAACACCAUACCUACUGUGAAGCAUGGGGGUGGAAACAUCAUGCUUUGGGGCUGUUUUUCUGCAAAGGGACCAGGACGACUGAUCCAUGUAAAGGAAAGAAUGAAUGGGGCCAUGUAUCGUGAGAUUUUGAGUGAAAACCUCCUUCCAUCAGCAGGGACAUUGAAGAUUAAACGUGGCUGGGUCUUUCAGCAUGACAAUGAUCCCAAACACACCGCCCGGGCAACGAAGGAGUGGCUUCGUAAGAAGCAUUUCAAGGUCCUGGAGUGGCCUAGCCAGUAUCCAGAUCUCAACCCCAUAGAAUAUCUUUGGAGGGAGUUGAAAGUCUGUGUUGCCCAGCGACAGCCCCAAAACAUCACUGCUCUAGAGGAGAUCUGCAUGGAGGAAUGGGCCAAAAUACCAGCAACAGUGUGUGAAAACCUUGUGAAGACUUACAGAAAACGUUUGACCUGUGUCAUUGCCAACAAAGGGUAUAUAACAAAGUAUUGAGAAACUUUUGUUAUUGACCAAAUACUUAUUUUCCACCAUAAUUUGCAAAUAAUUUCAUUAAAAAUCCUACAAUGUGAUUUUCUGGGAAAAAAAUUCUCAUUUUGUCUGUCAUAGUUGACGUGUACCUAUGAUGAAUAUUACAGGCCUCUCUCAUCUUUUUAAGUGGGAGAACUUGCACAAUUGGUGGCUGACUAAAUACUUGUUUUCCCCACUGUAUAUAUUUGUGAGAAAAAAAAACAUAUGGGGGUUUGGAAGUGAUGCCGACAAUUACAUUGAUGGAAGUUACAAUCUAUCUGAAAUAUUAAAGCUGAUCUACCCCCCAAAAAAUAUAUAUACAGUGGGGAGAACAAGUAUUUGAUACACUGCCGAUUUUGCAGGUUUUCCUACUUACAAAGCAUGUAGAGGUCUGUAUUUUUAUCAUAGGUACACUUCAACUGUGAGAGACGGAAUCUAAAACAAAAAUCCAGAAAAUCACAUUGUAUGAUUUUUAAGUAAUUAAUAUGCAUUUUAUUGCAUGACAUAAGUAUUUGAUACAUCAGAAAAGCAGAACUUAAUAUUUGGUACAGAAACCUUUGUUUGCAAUUACAGAGAUCAUACGUUUCCUGCAGGUCUUGACCAGGUUUGCACACACUGCAGCAGGGAUUUUGGCCCACUCCUCCAUACAGACCUUCUCCAGAUCCUUCAGGUUUCGGGGCUGUCGCUGGGCAAUAUGGACUUUUAGCUCCCUCCAGGAUCUUGAGAUGCUUCUUACGGAGUCACUCCUUAGUUGCCCUGGCUGUGUGUUUUGGGUCGUUGUCAUGCUGGAAGACCCAGCCACGACCCAUCUUCAAUGCUCUUACUGAGGGAAGGAGGUUGUUGGCCAAGAUCUCGCGAUACAUGGCCCCAUCCAUCCUCCCCUCAAUACGGUGCAGUCGUCCUGUCCCCUUUGCAGAAAAGCAUCCCCAAAGAAUGAUGUUUCCACCUCCAUGCUUCACGGUUGGGAUGGUGUUCUUGGGGUUGUACUCAUCCUUCUUCUUCCUCCAAACACGGCGAGUGGAGUUUAGACCAAAAAGCUCUAUUUUUGUCUCAUCAGACCACAUGACCUUCUCCCAUUCCUCCUCUGGAUCAUCCAGAUUGUCAUUGGUAAACUUCAGACGGGCCUGGACAUGCGCUGGCUUGAGCAGGGGGACCUUGCGUGCGCUGCAGGAUUUUAAUCCUUGACGGUGUAGUGUGUUACUAAUGGUUUUCUUUGAGACUGUGGUCCCAGCUCUCUUCAGGUCAUUGACCAGAUCCUGCCGUGUAGUUCUGGGCUGAUCCCUCACCUUCCUCAUGAUCAUUGAUGCCCCACGAGGUGAGAUCUUGCAUGGAGCCCCAGACCGAGGGUGAUUGACCGUCAUCUUGAACUUCUUCCAUUUUCUAAUAAUUGCGCCAACAGUUGUUGCCUUCUCACCAAGCUGCUUGCCUAUUGUCCUGUAGCCCAUCCCAGCCUUGUGCAGGUCUACAAUUUUAUCCCUGAUGUCCUUACACAGCUCUCUGGUCUUGGCCAUUGUGGAGAGGUUGGAGUCUGUUUGAUUGAGUGUGUGGACAGGUGUCUUUUAUACAGGUAACGAGUUCAAACAGGUGCAGUUAAUACAGGUAAUGAGUGGAGAACAGGAGGGCUUCUUAAAGAAAAACUAACAGGUCUGUGAGAGCCGGAAUUCUUACUGGUUGGUAGGUGAUCAAAUACUUAUGCCAUGCAAUAAAAUGCAAAUUAAUUACUUAAAAAUCAUACAAUGUGAUUUUCUGGAUUUUUGUUUUAGAUUCCGUCUCCCACAGUUGAAGUGUACCUAUGAUAAAAUUACAGACCUCUACAUGCUUUGUAAGAAGGAAAACCUGCAAAAUCGUCAGUGUAUCAAAUACUUGUUCUCCCCACUGUAUAUAUACAAAAAUAAAGAGUGGUCUCGAGGUUUGACACUCUGUCCUUUAGAAUGCCUCUCCCACAUACAGUACAAUAGAGCCAUAGAUGCGGUAAAGACGUCAAUGGAAUGCAGACCGUGGGGGAUAGAAGAAGGACGCCGGAUUGGGGCACGUUCAACAAAUAUUAGUCAAAUCCGUCAUGAUUGAUGUAUUGUAACAGGCCCACAAUGUGGUUACUUACCAAUUUGUAAGUCGCUCUGGAUAAGAGCGUCUGCUAAAUGAUGUAAAUGUAAAUGUUACUAAAGUCCGAUUUGGAUAUAUUUGGCUAUUUUCGCUGCCAUAACAUUUAGAAGUUGUUCCUUUUCAGGUAUAGAAGAAGUGACUGAUAAAUGAUAACUCCCUUUCGUAUAAGCUGGUACCAUAGCUAGCAUACAGAAAUCGGUGGUGGUAGUCAAAGUCGUUUUUAACUGCAAUGCAGUUGAUUGGUGAUGAUGACAUGAACAUGUAUUGGGGUUGACAUCCAUAAAUGUAGGCACAUUUUACUAGGGGGCAAUGAGGAGAUUCGAGAUCUUUCCCCCACGCGUUUCCAUGGCAUUUCAAUUUUUUGGGUCAAGUUCCAUUGACCUCUUUACCGCGUCUAAUUAAGUGCAUCUUGACAUUUUAACAUUGCAAACAACAGAAUGCUGAAUAACAGUUUCUAUGCAAUCUGUGUCAUGUAAUUCUAUUGAGGGUGAGGGAGAACAGACCAGAGCGGUUGGCCUGUCUGGUGUUGUUGUUAUUGUGAUCAGAGCUCAGAGCAGAGACCAGUCUGUAUCUCAGCAUCAGUCAUUGGUAAAGGAUGACUCCUCACCUCAUCUCCUAAUACUAGCCAUGUCCUCUUUUCAACCAGGAUGAUGUCAGCUAA